AGUGAGUGUUACACAGCAGCCUUGCUCCCUCCUCUAUCUCCUCCCCCCCUCCUCUCUCCUCCCUUUCUUCCAGUCUCUUGUUUCUCUCCCCCCAGCCUGGCUCCCAUCUCCCUGCCCCUGCUCUUCCUCUCCAUAGACACUCUAUCCUCUGCCCCCAGCGGCCCUGAUUUUUCCCUCUGCAUUCUCCCCCUGCACUGGAAGGGGUGGGGAGACAGGACCCCUACUACAGACCAUCACUGGGGUCCAACCCUGGCACAGACAAGCCCCUGCAUUGAGAAGCCAGCCCAGUGGGGUGAGUGUUUCCUUUAACAUGUUGUUGCUGAUGUUUUAGGGUGGGGAGGGAGGGGUAGGAAUCAGGCAUGUACCCCCAUCUAUUCCCAAGUACAGGACUCCCUGCCCCCAUACCCAUCCUUCUAGAAGCACAGAGGCCUGUUGCAUGGGAAGAUGACUAAAGCAAGAGGCCUCUUCUGGGUGUGUGGUGUAACCCUUUCCUUGUCCUUUUUAAUCAUUUAACCCAUUCACCGCUGAAACCAGGCACUGCACCCCUCUAUUGCCCCCUGGGCAUUGCAGAGCUGAAAUCAUGUUUCAAUCUUCUGAAUAAAUAUUUAAAGGUCUGCAGAUCCUCCCCUCCCUCCCUCCCCCAUCCCUCUCUCUCUUCCUAACUGUACACAUUAGUUAGUGCUUGCAGAUAGCUCCAAAAACAAACACUCCCCAGCCCUAAAAUAAUGGUAACCCCACAAAAACUCUCAUUGUAGAUGCAGUGUCCUGGGUGCAUGGUAUCCCCCUCUGCAAGCUGAAAUGUGUGUGUUUUUAUUAUGGUUCGCAUCACUUAAGUUUUAUUUUGUUAGUAGAUUAAGUGCCUUUUCAUACCCUCUUUGUUUCUGGGGGAGGGCUGUUUCUGGGAGGAAGUCUGGGACAGAGAACAGUUAUUGUGUGUGUGUGUGUGUGUGUGUGUCCCUUUUGUCAGAAGGAAAGCCUUUAUCUUAAAUGUUUAUUUGUGAACACUAUCUCUUUACAUUCCCCAACCCCUCCCAGAUUUCCCAAAAAACUAAAGAUAAAAUAAAGUGCAUGUAUGUAAAUGCACAUGUAUGUAAAUGCAUGCAUGUAUGUAUAUGUAUGUGCAUGUGUGUAUAUGUAUGUAUGUGUACAUUAUACUAUUCUUUUUCUGCAAACUUUGCAUUGUAAUUCUGAUGACAGGUCUUAAUAUUUCAUUGAUUUUUCUUUCAUUUUGGGGAGACAUUUCACUGUUUGAACUAUGCAUUCCAAUUCUUUCAGACUUGAUGAUUUACUGGUAUAGACAUUUCUUACACAUUGCUUUGCUAAAAGCCUUGAAAAACCUGCUUCAAUAAUUUAAGACCUUUCCCCCCUCCCACCUUCCCAGUUUAAAUAUUUUAGGAGUGGCUUUUAAAAAAAAAAAAAAAGACUAUCAUGGUUAUGUAAUUCAGAUACGUUAUGAUGUGUUUAUUUUAAUACAUAAUACUUUAUAUAUAGGUUUUCCCACUAGCAGUAGCAUUAAUUACGAGAUGCUGUGUGAGUAAUGAUGUUUGUAAAUGGAGAGAUCCCAUAUGAGUUCUGCUUAUUCCUAGCAGGGUGUGAGGACUCCUUGUGUGCUGCAGUGAUUGUCAAGCAGGGCUGUAAAAGCAAGAAAAGGCAAUGAUUUAUAGCUGGGCAGGAAUGCAUCAUGGGAGUUGUAGUCCCAGACCAGAUCUGUACCAGUUGGUUAUCAGUCUUUUGGCUGCCUGAGAUCCCUUAGAGUUGUAGUCCCAGAACAGAUGGUUACGAGCCUUCUGGCUGCCUUUGAUUCCUGAAAUAAGAUCUUAGUUUUAAUUUCGUUGUCACCUGGAAGCAAGGUGACAGAUAAACUGAUGACUGUUGUAUUAUCAGUAAUGCAAAGUGAUUAGUGCCCCAAUAGCCGAAUUGUAACAAUUUUACAAAUCAGUCAUUAGUUUUCUUUUUAAUUUUUCUUUUUUUUUUUUUUUUUUAUUUAAAAUUUAAACUUAGCUUUUAUUCUGGAAAUUUCACAGUGGAUCCAUGAGCAUGAUGAGGGCAUUCUAAAUUACGUGAACCCAGUAAUAAAAAAAAACAAAAAACCCCAUAUAAAACGAAAUAAUAAUUUAAAAAAUUGUAUACUUCCCACUAAAUUUAAAAUGCAAUAUCGGCCCGCUAGUCACAAAGUGUCUGUCAUGUUCAGCUUUAUGGAAGUUGUAACUUGUUAGCACGUAAUCCUUAAUUGAGUCACUUAUAUGAAAUCAUGGAUUGCAGCGUUGACAUUCCUGGUGAAUGAACUCCUAAGUAGCAGUCAUAUCUGGUGAAAAGCGACCACUAACAGCAAGGAGACCUCUGGCCUUUAUAUAUCGCCUGGUAAUCCUCUGGUUAAACUGGUAGUAAUUACAGAUGUUUUGUGGUGAUUCUUAAAAGGCUUAAUGAAACUUCUAAAUUUGUAAUAUUUUUUUUAAAUUUUUUUUUUUACCAGCUAUUCUCAAAGUUGGCUACAUCGAAAGUCUGGAAUUUUUUAUAUGGCACUUAUAAAAGUCAUUUACAAAAUAUUGCCUGCCAACUGUCUCUGAGAUCCUGAAUUUAGGUCAAGCUGUCAAGAUGGCAUUAAGUAGAUAUUUUAGGCAACUUUUUUUUUAUUUUAUUUUUUUAUUCCCAAAUUGGACCUUGAGAAGUCCACCUUGGGCACAGAAUGUAGAGAAAUUAUGUUGCUACAUUUUUCCCAGAAUUCAUAGCGCAUUACCAGUGUCCAUUACUAAGCGUACUGCGUAAAUGAAGGGUGAAGUCUGGAACAUGAUGUCUCUCUCCCGUUCCCUCCCUCCCACAUUUGGAGCAGAACUAUUAAAUGUCUAGUUACAUAGAGAGUAUUUACAUGUAUUUAUGCCCAUUUUCAAAAGGUAACACACUAAUGGGUUUAUUCACUGAACCGCGAAUUGUAGCGACUCAAACUCCAAUAGGUAAAUGUUGUGUUCACAACACUAAACUGUGACUAUACUAGAACUGGAGAAUUUUUCCAGAUUAGCUGUUUUGAGGAUAAACCAGAACUCAUCGUUAUGAUUAUUUAAAAUCGCAACAAACCUACAAUGUAUGACUUACAGGUAUAUGGGUGUUUCUUGACUUGUGCCUCUCUUAUAGUUUAAUUUAUACUCCCGUUAUACCGAGCCAACUUACCACUGAGCUUUUCAUUGGACAGUAGCUGAAAAGCACGUUUUAAUUAACAGUAACAAAUAUUCUGGUAGCCACUAAAAUUUUGCUCAGUGUUGUCUUUUAUUUUUUUAUUUUUUUGCACUGCGCUUGUCUCUUGGUCAUAUGAACACUCAUCAAUAAGCGUAUUAAGUGCAUUUACAUUUUUUUAUUAAAUCAAUCUGGUACUAUUGUACCGAAAAUCCCAGCUUCCGACCAAAAAAUAAAUAAAUCAUAUUUUGAGGACAUUCUUUGCAGUUCAAAAGGUUGGCUGACUGUUUGCAUUUGUAAAAGUUAGGUUUUUAUGGGCCUAGGAUUAUGAAUUGCAAUAUAUAUAUAUAUAUAUAUAUAUAUAUAUAUAUAUAUAUAUAUAUAUAUAUAUUCUAGUCAAUUGGCAAUUUAAAUCUUUUAAUUUUAUUUUUAUUUACAUUUUUUAUUUUUGUUGUGCGGGUAAGUACAACGAAGCCUGUAUUUCCACAACAGCAUUAACAAGCACAGUCAUAGUAAACAUAUUAUAACAUAAUUAUGGCAUGCAAAGAAUUAGCACAUUUUUAUGAUCUUUAGCAACUCAAGAUAUCAGCAUUGUGUUGAGAAAAAUAAACAAGUUGCAUACCAAUACGUUUGGGAAAGAGAUGCAUGUUCGGUGUGAGGGAAGAGUAUUCGUGUGAGCAAGUGCUUGUAUGGUAAGACCUUCUCUUGUCGCAGUGAAGCGUGUGAGUAGACCAGCGGUGAGUGAGUGUGAGGUAAGCAAUGAAUAAAUACGGUUGGUAUUUAAUCGAUUAACUUAGUGAUGCCCCUGGGGAUCCCCUGAUUAGUCAAGGAAGAUUGCCUUGCUUCCAAGGCCUAGUAGGUAGUGGUGUGUGAAUUGAAUCCUUUUAUAACAAUAAAUUUGCUGUGAUAUAAAAUAAACUCUUAUGAGUGUUCAACAUGAGUACAUAAGGGUAAGAAGCAAUGGGCACUUUGCCGGUUGUGUCGUCCAAGCCUGGUUCUCGGAUCAGCCGAUGCCAUGCGGGGGCAGAGUGUAGUCCCACUGUACAGAUCUUUGUUUCAGUCUCAUUGGCCCAAGAGUAUGGGGGCGUAGAGUCCUUGUGCAGUGAGGAUGUAGGCUUGGGGGGUAUGCUGAGUCCUCAUUGUGAUUCCCAGUGCUUGGUGUGCCCCAUGGCCUGGUCGUGGGCUGCUGUGGAUCUGAGAGGGUUUACCUUAUGCUGUCACCAUGUUGGGCCUCUCACCCCGCCAUCUCCCCAAUCUGUUUGGACGAGCCAAGCCCCUCCGUGGCUCAUGCCGGGUCUCAGCUUGCAGGUGAGGUGGUCUUGGGUGCUCCCGGGGCCCUUGAAGGCCGAUUUUGGCCUGCUGCUGCGUUCUGUGAGGCUUCAUGAGUCUGACCUCAAGAUGGCCCCUCGCCAGUGCCGGCCUUUCGUGGGUGUGGAGUUCUGGGGGGUUUUCUGCGUCCCUCCGUUUGACCACCCGUGGUGGGCUCUGUGGCAGGUCGUCUGGUUCCGGAGGUCUCAUGCAAGCCUCUAACUUCUCCCAAAAGGAGCUGAAGAUUCUGUCUAGUCCGAGCUCCAUUUCCAGCCUUUUACUGCAUGGGUCGGCCUCGUUGAUACUAGGCUCGGAACUCCGUGAUAGUGUUGCGUUCUCACCGCUUUGCAGGGGGAACGUGUGCAGAUAGACCGGGAUAACUCCCGCCGGUCCAGAGAGGGGAGAAUGAGGGCUCAGAUUCUGAUUCCCGGCUUUUCGCAGCAGCAGGAGAGCGGCCGUCUCUCCCGUUCCAGCCAUGCUUGUAGGCCUCACAAGAGUUUCGGGAGAGUAGUGCUUGAAAUGUCACUUGGGUGGUGUCAUCUUGUUCACCACGGUGUCACCUCUCUCUUGGUGGCCUUUAUGUGUCGUGUACUUUCCGUUUUGUUAGCAAAAAUCUGCUUUAUCUGCCCCUUAGUGUCCUCUCAGCUCUGCGGUUAUGCCCCACCCCAUCGUCUUUUUAUUUAUUUGUUAAUAAGUGUAUUGUUAGGAAGCCAGGUGAUAAUUGGCUACUGUUUAUAAUAUGAAUGUGUAAAGAAUGCUCACAUCCUUUUGUAGCAAUAGGGUGUUUUAUUUCAAUACAUUUCAUACAAUGCCUUUUCCUGAGUGAGUACAAUGCAGUUUAAAGCAUGCAAAUCUUCCUAUUCCCUAACCGUUUUGUACUAUUAGAACUUGAAGAUUUUAUACAGAUUUUCCCUUGUUGGAAUCCUAAGUGCCACUCUGAAUAUUGAACAGUGCUACAAUUGCAUUAACGAACAUAGAGACCUCACUUAAAUUUAUUUUAUUACUGCCAGAAAACUUUGACAUGAAGAGUAGGUCACUCAUUCAUAGAUUUAUUAUUUUUGUAUUUAAUUUUUUUUCACAGCCAAAUAAUCUUAACAUAAUUGCAAGGUAAUUCAUAAAAUACCAAAAUUCAGUGAAUUCGUUUAAAAUGGUAAAAUUUGAGCUGAAAUAUGCAACUUGCCUAAUUUAGCCUCAAUUUUUUUUUUUUCUUAUUUAUUUCCCGAAAAGUUUGUGUUUAGUGAGUAACCCUCUUGGUGUAAUUUUCUCUCUUUUUGUGUGUCUGUGUGUGUGUGUUUCUAGCGCCUUUUUAAAUAAAUGUUGAUAUAGCCUGCAAAAGACAGACAAAACAGAGAACAACAAAAAUGGUUUAUUCAUAGUACCAUGAUGACUUGCCUAUCUAUAUUUUGUAUACAAUAAACAUACUUCCUGUGUUCUAUGGCCUGUGGCUAUAUUGGCAGGAAAUCUAAGGAAUGCCGAUUAGGUGUGUGUUCAUUGUCAUAUAUGUAUUGAAUUCUGGGUGUGUAGUUAUAGAAACGCGAUCUCUAAGGGGUGCUGUGUUUAUGGCAAUUGUAUAACAAAUACUGCCUAAUGAUAUUCUGUGCGCAGGAUACUUGCGUGCUCUGGAAAAAGAUGUGCGUUUAUACAUGCCUUUAAAUAUAAUAAACAUAGUACUGAGGCUUAAAGUAUUUUUUUCCACUCAGUAUGCUGUGGGUCAAAUUGCAAAAUUCCCCAUAUCAUUUAAAGGGACACUGUAGUCACCUGAACAACUUUAGCUUAAUGAAGCAGUUUUGGUGUAUAGAACAUGCCCCUGCAGCCUCACUGCUCAAUCCUCUGCCAUUUAGGCGUUAAAUCCCUUUGUUUAUGAACCCUAGUCACACCUCCCUGCAUGUGACUUGCACAGCCUUCCAUAAACACUUCCUGUAAAGAGAGCCCUAUUUAGGCUUUCUUUAUUGCAAGUUCUGUUUAAUUAAGAUUUUCUUAUCCCCUGCUAUGUUAAUAGCUUGCUAGACCCUGCAAGAGCCUCCUGUAUGUGAUUAAAGUUCAAUUUAGAGAUUGAGAUACAAUUAUUUAAGGUAAAUUACAUCUGUUUGAAAGUGAAACCAGUUUGUUUUUUCAUGCAGGCUCUGUCAAUCAUAGCCAGGGGAGGUGUGGCUAGGGCUGCAUAAACAGAAACAAAGUGAUUUAACUCCUAAAUGACCAUGAAUUGAGCAGUGAAAUUGCAGGGGAAUGAUCUAUACUGGGGUAGGCAACCUUUUAACAGCACUGUGCCGAUAUAGGAUUGUGAAAUUUUUAAAUUGAAGUGUGUUUGCAGCCAUAUUCUGCUUGUGUUAUUUUUACUGUAAUUGCUUUGUAUCGUUGUAUUUGUGCGUAUUUGCGCUAUUAUAUUGUAUAUGUUCAUGAGUAGUUUAUGGUAUUGUGUAUGAUAUGUGGGCUGUGUAUGGGGGCUGCUUGUGGAAUUGUGUGUGUGGAUGGAUAUGUCACAUUGUGUGUUUGGUAGUGUGUGGGGGCUGUUUGGGGUAUUGCAUGUGAGAGGCUGCAUGUGGGGUUUUGUGCAUGUAUGUGGAUUGUUAGUGGUGUUGCGUUUAAGUGGAUUGUGUGUAUGUUUGUGUGUGGGCUGUCCGUAUUAUUUGUAUGAGGGGAGGGUUAUUCUGCAUUUCUGUGUAUAUCUAGCAGUGUGGGUGGCUUCCCUGGGUUCCAGUGGGGACCAAGCCGGACAGAUACAGGUCAAGGACAGGAGCUGCAACAGCAACUGCGAGCUGCUUUACUACUGUGUGGAUUCCCAUUCACAAGUGCUGGAAUGAAGUGCUCUGAGAUCACUUCCUCUACGUGCUGCAAUGCAUAAAUUGAGGAUUGUCCUUCACCACCUCUUCGUAUAAGCAGAUAUCUGAAGUUUUACUGGGACUCCUGAUAGGCCGGAGCCUGUUUGGCUCUAGCAGCCUUGAGUGCCGUGCAUGGCACUAGUGCCGUAGGUUGCCUACCCCUGAUCUAUACACUAAAACUGCUUUAUUUAGCUAAAGUAAUUUAGGUGACUAUAGUGUUCCUUUAAUAUAUCUAAAUGAGUGUGUGUCUGUGUGUACGUAUCUAUACAUAUAUUAGCUUGCAGUGUUUAGAUAAUCAAUAAACACCAAUGCAGGUUUUCAGCUUACAUUAUAGAAAUAGUAAUGAGCAAUUUUCUCUGUUCUUUGCAUGUUGGGUUCUAUCUGGAUGAUCUUCUAGCCAGAGAGUUUAUUGGGUCCUGCCAAAACACCUGGAGACGAUGGCAAAUAACUAUUUUCUUGAAAUCUCUUCAGCUCAAGCCUUUUUAGAGUUUUGGAAAUCUCUUGCCAAUGUAAAUGGACAAGGGCGGCUCUAAAUGUUAAGGGCCCUUGCUUUAAAAUGAUUUAAAGGAACACUCCAAGUACCAUAACCACUACACUACAGCGGAGUGCCCUGGUGCCCUCUUAUUAAAAGUAAUUAAAUUGUUUUAGAUUGGUUUGACUUCUUAUUUGGAGUCUACCUUACCCCACAACCACUACUUCUUUUGGAGUGCCGGAAGCUCUCUGUUGGAGCCAAGCCUGGAAGUGCAGGACUUAGUGCUUUAGUUGAGCUUAGGAGAGCACACAAUCCUAGCUUCCAGCUCUUGCUCUCCAUUGAACGUAGUGCAGGUGGGUCCCAGGUAAGAAUUAAAACUAUUCUAACACUGCUGGACUACCUAUAGUGCAAGGGCACCUAGGCAGCCAUGGCACCAUAACCACCACAGUGUUGGUUAUGGAUCUUGGAGUGUUCCUUUAAGAAAGCUUAUCUCUAAAAUGAGUGAUGGACUCACAAAUAAUCCAUUCCAUCUGUUUCCUAAAUACAUUAUGGCAGGUCUGUGUCAUAUUUGUUUUGGUCUCUUCUUCCAUUCUUGGCUCUACGUCGUAAACGGUCUGUUUAUAGGAUAGUGCAUCCUUUGUGAAUGUAUGCUUAGUAGGUGCCAUGUAGGUGAGUGAUGGCAUUUGUGUUUCCUGCGGGUGAAGUUUAAAUGCCCUGCAGUAUGUGAUAUCAAGCUCCUAGAACGAGCAAAUAAACUUCAUUUCCUCAUAGUUUGUCUACUGGAACCCUGAGAAAAUGUAGGUAUGGAACAGAAUUUGAAAUGCAGUUUUGUUUUUGUUUUUUGUUCGUUUUUUUAAAUGUUUGUUUUUUUUUCUCCCUCUCCCUCUCUCCCUCUCCCUCUCCCUCUCCCUCUCCCUCUCCCUCUCCCCUCUCCUCUCCCUCUCCCUCUCCCUCCCUCCCGCAGCAGAAUAAAGAAAAUGCUCAUAUAGUGCAAUAAAACUCUCAUACUCCACUAUAGUCAUUGUUUAAACAUUUUGGUCUAAAUUUUUAUUUUUUGGCAAAUCGGCACCUCUUCAUAGAGAUGCAUUGAAUCAAUGCAUCUCUAUGAGGAAAAUUCAGCAUCCCCAUGCAGAGUGUGGAGACAUUGAACGGCACUGCUGCCUACUGUGCAGCACUGAGCCAGGAAGCACCUCCAGUGGCCACUUGGAGGUGUCCCUUAGGGCAAUGUAAAAACUGCCUUUUCUCUGAAAAGGCAGUGUUUGCAUGAAGAUGCCUGAAGGCAAUGAUUAUACUCACCAGAAAAAACUACAUUGAGCUGUAGUUGUUCUGGUGACUAUAGUGUCCCCUUAAGUUAUGUUGCCAGGAGGUCCUUGGGUGCACUCUUGCCUUAAGGGAUUAUCUUGAAUGGUUUAACCCCAUAGGCUGCCUCCAGCAGAGAUCUCAAGGUCCCCUAGUUGUCAUCUGGCUUCUGAAUUAUAGGAAGCACAAAGGGACACUAUAGUCACCAGAGCCACUAGAGCUUAAUGUAGUGGGUCUGGUGUCUAUAGCCUGUCCCUGCAAACUUUUAACUGCGAACAUCGCUUUUUCAGGGAAAAGGCAGUAUUUACAUUGCUUCUUAGUAACACUUCCACACUAGUGCUUCCUCCUGUGUCAGUGUUGCACAGUGUGCAGCACUGGCUUUCAGUGUCUCCCUGCUCUACGUGGAGGUGCUGAACGUUCCCCAUAGUGAUGCUUUGAUUCAAUGCAUUUUUAUGAGGAGAUGCCAAUUGAUGCAGUACCAUAUAUUUCUGCGCAUGCACAAUAGCCUCCUAAUGCUUUUCUAUGGGAAAGCAUUGGAUUGACUUAGACAAUCAAUCUUGAUGAUCUCAGCUAUGGAGGUGGGGCCACGCUGGGCCAGCCGUGGUGAGACCGGUGUGGGGAAAAAGGUAAGUAUACUGUUUUCCCCUGCAGUCUAAGGGGAGUUGGGACCCUAAAUAGUUAAACACUAUAGUGCAAGGAAUGCAUGCUUGUAUCUCUGACACUAUAGCCUUCAUCUAACUUAUGUAUUCAUUACAAAGGAAUACAUACUGAGGAUAUAUAUAUAUAUAUAUAUAUAUAUAUAUAUAUAUAUAUAUAAAAUGUGUGUAUGUAUAUGUAAUCCUUAUACAGUUUGUAGACCCAGAAAGGUCACAAUACUUCUGUGCCAUUUGCUUGCCUGACCUAUUUCUGGUACGUUCUCUGUGCUGUACCUACAGUUUCUUGUCCUUGUGUGCUAAGAUGUCAUGGUUAACUAAGUGAACGGAACUUUGCUGGUAGGGUUGCUGCUUUUUAAUAGACGCCGACGUACUGUUGCUUGGCAAUCGUGCAAUGACGUCAUGGAAACCAGAAAUGGAAUUUAGUGUGAUUAAAUUGCUCAUGCACAUUAAUAAAAUCUUGGAGGAAAACAGUUUAGUGUCUGGCUGCUAAAAGCAUACAGAGAAAUGCCAGCUGUAUACAUGUACAGAUGUUUCUAGGAGUUAUCCUGUGUCUACAGAAAGAAAAUCCUGAUAUUGUUUUAUUUUUUAAACAAAACAAAAAAAAUCUUAUGUUAAGCUGUAUGAUAAAUAAAUUGUGUUAAAAUUUGUCUCUAUGCCAUCACAUUGAAGUAAAACAUUAGUCAUAUGAGGAAAAACAUUUACAAAUAUUGAGUCAAGCUCAAACACAGAAAUAGAGAAUUUCUCGGUAGCUUGCUCUUCGGUAAAUCACUCAGGUCUCAAAAUAGUUUUUGCUCACGUAUGCCAUUACAAGUUCUCAUACUCUAUUUUUGGUGCAAUGCAUUAACUAGGCUCUCUCUCCUCAAGUUUGAAAGGUAAUCCAGAUGUGGAGCCCAUGCUCACUGUGCCUAGAGGGAUAUCCGCUACAUCUCACUGACGAGCCCCAAAGAAGGCCAAAACUAUCGUCCGAGGUUGCUGUAUCUCUCGUGCAGAGAGAACUCGCUGACAAUUCUGUUCUGGACUGCCCUUACGGGUGGGAUAAGACUGCUAUGCCCUGGAGCUGAUUCUCACUGUAAUGGCACAAGUAAACACAAACUAUUUUGAGACCUGAGCAGGGAUUUAACGAAGGGCAAGCUAGUGAGUUUCUCUAAGCUUAUUUUCCGUUCUCAUAUUCUCUCUUUUAGUUGAAACUCAAACAUCACUACCCAUGAUUUCUAAUGUUGUGAUGCACACUGCUGUAUGUACCUCUAUCACGUAACUGGGAGCUUCCAACUUGGCUGCCAUCUAUGUCAUUGAUUUUAAAUGUUUGCCAGUUCAAGAAGACUGGAAGCAGUGAGGCUGCAUGGUGGGCCCUUGAUGUAUGUCAAACCGUACUAAAACAGAUUGCCAGAUUAUGUUGGUACAACCCAUUGUAAAUUUUUCUUUUUUUUCUUUCUUUCCUGGGGUUCAUGGAGCGACUCUCCCUGCCUCCACUACUAAUGCUGGAGAGCUUAUCUGCAGUUCUUCUAAGCUAACCCCUGUAGGAGUUGGUUGAGCAGAGCUAACGGAAACGCCUGCUUAGGAACUUUCCGCACUUUUACUGCAAAGCCCCCACCACGGCAGGAGGUCAAACAGUUUAACCCCCCUGCCCUCUCCCCUCACCUGUGUUUAUGUUUAAAAAUAAAAAAUUCCAAUGAUAAGAAGACUGGUUUGAGUAAGAAAUACGUUAUUCAGUUCAGUUUGAUUUUUUUUAUUUUUUUUUGAGAAUGUUUGUACCUCUUCUAUUUGCCCAGACUUCCUUUAUUUUUAUAUUGCCUGAACAUGAAGGUAGAAAUAUGUUGGGGAACUUCAACUUUUAUUGUUAUCUAAAGUCGUAAUGUAGUACCAUAUGCUCAUGCUAUAUAAUAAUGUGUGCUAACAUAAUUAUUUCAUCAUUCUUCAUAAAAGGCAAUGUGACCUGUCUGUUUCUGAGAACCCCUUACUCAGGAACUCAGCCUCACCAUGAAACUCACUAUCCUUACUCAGCCUCGCCAUGAAACUCACUAUCCUUACUCAGCCUCGCUAUGAAACUCACUAUCCUUACUCGGCCUCGCCAUGAAACUCACUAUCCUUACUCAGCCUCGCCAUGAAACUCACUAUCCUUACUCAGCCUCGCCAUGAAACUCACUAUCCUUACUCAGAGACUCAGCCUCGCUAUGAAACUCACUAUCCUUACUCAGCCUCGCCAUGAAACUCACUAGCCUUACUCAGAGACUCAGCCUCGCUAUGAAACUCACUAUCCUUACUCAGCCUCGCCAUGAAACUCACUAUCCUUGCUCAGAGACUCAGCCUCACUAUGAAACUCACUAUCCUUACUCGGCCUCGCCAUGAAACUCACUAGCCUUACUCAGAGACUCAGCCUUGCUAUGAAACUCACUAUCCUUGCUCAGAGACUCUGCUUCGCUAUGAAACUCACUAUCCUUGCCCAGGCAGCGAGGAUUCUGAGACGGGAGAGGAAUAAUGUCUGUAUGCAUCAGACUUCUAGACUAGCUGUAUUGACAUAUGCAAAUUGACAAAAUGGAUGGUUUGCUUAGGAAACACAAAUUUCAGACAGGAAGAUGCUAGCUGGGUUAUUUCCUAAAGAGAAAAUUAUUGGGAAUUCAAAGAGAAUAAUAAAUGUAAUGGACACUGUAGGCACCCCGACUACUUCAUCGCAGUGAAGUGGUUUUGGUGCCUUGUCCCCUUGUUUAUAACCCUGCAAGUUAAAACAUUGCCAAUCUGCAGAACAAUGUUUUUUUCUUGCAAUGUUUUAAUUGUGAGGUUUAAAUGCCUCUAGUGGCUGUCACUCAAACUCUAUUUCAGCGUGGCAUUUUGUUGCACAGUUGCACUAGCCUCCCAAUGCUUUGCAUUCAUCAUGCUAUAGUGUUCCUUUAAUACAGGGUUGGGGAACCUUCUGUCCUCCAGAUGUUGCUAGCAUUAUACGAGAUGUAGUCCAAAACAUAUGGAGGGCUAAAAAUUCCCCACCCAUGCUUUAAGGUCUACAUGGCCAUAUUGAGAUAAAUUAGCUGUCAUGCUUCUAAUUCAGCAGCUUGGCCUUAAAUUUUAAAUUCACUUUGAAAUACUGACAAUUCUAACUAAAGUUAAAAACUCUGUGAGUCUUCUCUCUUACAAAACUGUGCGAGCGAGAGCAUAUGAAAAUAUUGAUCAUGUGUAUUGGAAUUCUAUUAUGUGUGAUUUUUUUUUUUUUUGUGUUUACAAUAAUAUAUAAUUUAAUGAUUGGUAGUGGUUAUUGUGUUUGGAGUGUUGUGUAAAGAAAGUUAUUUGCUAAAGGCAACUUGCAUGCAAUUGUUGCUAUUGUACCUCAAUUUGCAUAUUUAAUUCUAAGCAUUAGCUAAUCUUAGUGGGGAAUGUAGUUCAUGCACCUUCGUGGUGACAAGAUUUGCCAUCACCGUGCUAUAUCAUCUCCUAUUGUAAUAUCCUGUGCUGUGCUGUGCUGCAUGCCAUUUAAAUGCACACAUCCCACCUCCUCCCCCCUUCCCCAUCAGGAUGAAUCUUGUCUGCAUGGACAGAGCCCAAGUGAGCGUGUGUGGCGGGUGCAGGAACCUGUUUGGGCUUGCUUUAUGACCUAACAGGAUGCAGACCUGUGCAAUUAUGUCCUUAUAAAGACCGAGAUGUGGUGUCUCAUUGGGAAUAAACACUUUCAAAGUCAGGUUCGCGGACUUUAAUAAUUUAUUGCAGGCCCCAAUCCUUAAUAACCCUGCUACUUACAGGAGUUUUACACUAUAACGUCCUAUUCUACGAUAGAACGUACUACUCUGCUGAGCAUUCCACACUGGGAUCUUGUAAAUAUAUGAGUAUCUCAACAUACAAACCUUUAGCCAGAUAUUGUGUACCGAUGCAAAGGGUAAAAAAAACUAUUUUUUGGUAUUAUUUGAUAAAAGCAUUAAAAAAAUAUAUAUAUAUUUUAAAUCCUUUUUAUGCUAUGAGUUCUGUACAAUUUUAUAUGUGCUGCUUUUAAUGCCUCUGCUGUCGCUCUAUAUCCAGUUUUGACUGCAAAUGGAUUUAAAUGCAGAAUAGUCAAUGAAUGUCCCUAUUGUACUCCCUUUCAGUAUUACACCCCACUCUUUCUGUAUUCUAGAAUGGCAGAGAGAGCAUUUUCUAUCUCCGGUAUAUCACAAUAUGCUCUUGUGUUUCUUCCUGUUUGGGUUACAUAAGGACCAUUCCAUAAGCAGACUUUAUAGGAUCAUGCAUUGUCUUGCUGUUUAGAUGCCAGUAUUUAAACAGGAUCUGUCACCUAAACAGCUUAUUUUGCAGACCUCCCUUAUUGACUCUGUAACCAAGGUGUGUGUGCAUUGAUUGGACACUAACUGUUCCAUUCCAGUAUCCCAUUUUCUUUUCACAAUAAUUAAUUACCCCCUUAAGGACCAAUGUUUGUGCUAGUCCUUCUGUUUCAAGACAUGUCUGGCACAUCACUAGCCUUAAAAAUUUUAAACAGACACUCUAGGCCAGGGUUAGACAACCUUUGUCACUCCAGAUCUUGUGGACUACAUCCCCCAUAAUGCUCUUAUACCCAUAAUGCUGGCAAAGCAUCAUGGGAGGUGUAGUCCAAAACAUCUGGAGUGCCGAAGAUUGCCUAGGCCUGCUCUAGGAAAUGUAACAAUCAUACCUUAAUGCAGUGUUUCUUAGCUACAUAUACUGUCCGAGCAGCCUUAAUAAUGUAAACUUUGCCUUUUCUUUGAAAAGACAGUGUUUACACUGAUGCCUAAUGCCAACUCUAGGGGCUUUUACUCUGAUAGCCACUAUAGGUGCUUCAAUGGAGUCACUGUAUGCUUCCACUAGAGAGGAAUUGACUCAGUGCAUCUCUAUGUGGAGAUGCUGAUCGAUGCAGUGUGGUGAUGUGUUGCGCAUGCAUACUAGUCUCCAGAUGCUUCUCUAUCUAGAAGUAUUGGAUUGACUGAGAUCUUUAGGAUGCACCAUUGUGCCAGGGAAGUAAAGUUGAGUAAAACUUAUUUCUUUUAAAGGAUCACUAUAGGGUCAAGAACACAAACUUGUAUUCCUGACCCUAUAGGGUUAAAACCACCAUCUAGUCCCCCUGGUCCACUCAUACCUCCAUAAAUAUAGUACAAAUCUUACUGUAUUCAAGCCUGAAACUGUAGCUCUACCUGCUGUUAGAUUUAGAACAACAACAGUCUGUUGACCUCAGCAGAAGUGGUAGCCUGAUCCAAUCACAGUGCUUCCCCGUAGGAUUGGCUGAGACUGAUAAGGAGGCAGAUCAGAGGCAGAGCCAGCAUGAUUCAAAUACAGCGCUGGCCAAUCAGCAUCUCCUCAUAGAGAUUAAUUGAAUCAAUUAAUCUCUAUGAGGAAAGAUCAGUGUCUGCAUGCAGAGGGAGGAGACACUGAAUGUUUGGAGGCAUUUUAGGCAGCCAUGACCCGUGAAGGAUCUCUAAACGCCAUAUGAGGAGUGGCCAGUGAAGUUAUCACUAGGCUGUAAUGUAAACACUGCAUUUUCUCUGAAAAGACAGUGUUUAUAGCAAAAAGCCUGAAGGUAAUUAUUAUACUCACCAGAACAAAUUCAAUAGACUGUAGUUGUUCUGGUGACUAUAGUGUCCCUUUAAUUUAUUCUGGAGAUGCCCAAUAAUUCAAAUAGGAAGGGUAACACUGUAACUUUAGGAAUACAUGUAUGCAUUGGUAACGCUAUAGUAUUCCUUUGGAGAAUGUGUUUCUCAUACCUCUCUCCUGUACCUUAAACUUACCAAGUCUCCAAAUAAGGAUUUAAUUAGACAAGAGACAACUCCGUAAUCGAGAAAUGUAAUUGGACAACUGGUGCUGUUUUGGAGCAACGUGCUAAAGUUUACAUAGUUACAUAGUUACAUAGCUGAAAAGAGACUUGCGUCCAUCAAGUUCAGCCUUCCUCAGAAAUGUUGUUGCUGUUGAUCCAAAAGAAGGCAAAAAACCUGGUCUGAAGCACUUCCAAUUUUGCCACAAACUAGGAAAAAAUUCCUUCUUGACCCCAAAAUAGCAGUCAGAUGUCUCCUUGGAUCAAUCAAGAUGCGUUCUGUUGGUCUCCAGGGUAAUUCCUAUGUAUUUCUCAGUUUUCCCCAGCAGAACACAAGUUUUUGUCUUGAUGAAUCUUCCCCUAUGUCCCUUGUAAAUGCUAAGCUUUAUCCCAUGAUGCUGUGUGUGUUUGCAUGCACGCAGCCAAGGAGGGAAGAACAUAGUCACUGGAUGCCAAGGCUACGCCUUGCAUUCAGUGCAAAUUGGGGGGAAAAUAAGUGUGUGUUUAUUUUUGGAAGGGGUGGAUGGCAACCCAGCAAUCCUUUAGAAUGCUACCUUACCAUCUAUCUGUCAUAACUUCAUUGUUUACAUCACUAGUUCUCUAAAUGAACGAGCUAUCCAGAAAACAAGGACAUGUGCACACUUUCUUUGUAACCAAUGUAUAUGCUUGUCUAUCAUUGCACAAACGUACACUUGCACUGGGAGGGUGAUUUCGGAUUUUUUGGCUGAUGUGUAGAACGUUCAACCCCUGCAGACAUCUACCGGUGCCAAAUGGCACACAUGACUCUUACACAGGAAGCAAGUGCUGGGUCGUGAAAACCGGCUGGGCCCGGUACUUUAUAACAUUUAUCUUAAACUUUCUCUUUUUGUUCCUGGAACGAUUUUAAAAGGGAAAGUCCUAUUUGCAAGAAAAAUCCACAUGAAAAGGAUGUUGCAUUUUUCUACAUAUGCAAAAAAAUUGCUUCUAAAUGUCCUUUCUAGGGAACUCCUGUACUAUGUUCAUGGCAUCAUAUAAGAACUAUGUGGGCUUUCCCUUGCCUUCUGUUCAGUGUGAUGGUUCUUGAAAAUGUGCCGGGUGAUUAUGAGGUCACUUGGGGUGAAGGAAGAAGGUUGGAGUAGGUCAUAGGCCACUUUUAACACUUUAAGGUGUUGGCAAUAAAAGACGAAUGUUUAGCCUGACAGUAUUGAUGCAUUACUUUUUGCUACGUAAUUAAAUUAAUUCCUUGGCAGUCAGGACGUUGGAACGGUAGGACUCCGAAGCAGCGCGUCCUUUAUAGAUCUCCUCGCUGUCUGAGUGGGCAAUGGCUUGCAAAGCUUUAUCCAGAUUCCCCGUAGCAGCGAGAAAUUGAACUUGGGUUUCCUGAGCUGGAUAUAGAUCUCCGACCUAUUGUCUGCAAUCUGCAGGCAACCUCCUGUUUUACACAUUACCCAGGCGCAUUCCAAAACUCGCCGUGCUGCGGGGUACAGUGUUUGUUUCACUGGCUCCUAGCCAAAGAUCAGAGAAAGGGGUAAAAAAAAACAAAAAACAAUGGGAAAUGUUUUUUUUUCCCCUCUGCCAUGUUUUCUAUUCUGUUCUGUUUUCCCAAUUCGGAUGAGGAAAUCAUUUAUUUUUUUUAUUUAAAGAAACUGCCAUAGUGUAGGUUUACGCAAUCUGCAAGACUAAUUUCAUAUUAUCCAUACAUUGUUCUAUCUAAGUUGAAUUGGUUACUAGGCAUGUAGAUAGAAGGUUGCAGUUUAACUUGUAUCACACAUAGAAAUCGUUCGGCUCAUAUAUUCGUGUCAUACUUCAGUUACUCGUUUCGAGUGCAUUUUAACACAUUGAGACUUUGAACAUAAUGUUGCAUCCUGUAUACGUUGGUUCUAAAAGAACUAUGGCAAUGGUAUUUUGCUGCUGGUGCCAAUCUUGGCUUGUCUGUUGGGUCACUGUGGAUUGCCAAGUGCUCAGAUUGGUCACUUCGCGCAUCCCUUUGUAACGGGGCAAAUUAAUUUCCGCUCUAUGACAAAAUCGCUGUCUUCACCUGGCUAUGAUUUAACAGUAUGGAUAUCCAUGAGAGAUCUGAAGAAAUAGCUAUAGGCCUAAUGAAUGUACCAGCAUAACAACUGCAAAGAGCUGUCGUGGUUAAAGCUGUUACAGUGUCCCUUUAAUGUACAUGAUUGUUAAAAAAAAAAAAAAAAAAAAAAAAGCUUAAGUGGAUCUGUCACUUUCGAGGUAUUUGCAUUAUUUUUUCAUCCAAAGGUGAUCUAGAUAAAUUUACCAUCAGCAUCUUCUUUGUGGAGGUAGUUUAUGGUUUCUGGUUUUUCAUUUGCCAGGGGUUGCGUCAGUGCUGUACUCCGUACAACAGAGAGGGCUAUGGAGGAUUCCUGUUAGACCGCGGUAACCUCCACAGUUAACAUCUCGCAGUGAGCAAGACCAUGCCUGAAUCCCAAAGUCGUCACUUGUGGGCUGCUGGAAUUGGACACAAGUUGGCAACUCUAGCUCUCAAUCCUUACAAUAAGACAAUGUAGGGUUAUUUACUAAAGGGAGAAUCCAAAGUGAAUUUCAAAUUUAAGGCCAAAGUAUCCAAACUUAAAGCAUAGCUCACUUUUUCCAGUUUGGAAUUUUUUUACCUUAACUUUGAAAUUCACCCUGAAUGCCCACGUUGGGGAAUAAUGUUUGUCUUAUGAUAUCUUUGGAUUGUCUUGUCAUAUUCCAAUGCAGCCGUUUCACAAUUAAAUAUUGAGAUGUGAUACAUAAUUUGCAUUUAUGUAGUGCACUUAUCCAGGGAACUUUGUACAACGUGUGUGUAUUAUUUGAUACUCUGUUACUUCGCUAUGUAAUCAAUGCAUUAAGACUUUGAAUAUAAAAAUCAAGUAAAAUCUUAUAGGCUCAUAUCUGCUAUUUAGGCACAGAUAGUUUGUGUCAAGGUGAGAAGUGCAUUGGAAUUUUGGACGAAGUCUCGAGGUCUGCAUAGUUUGACGUAGUGGGACUGGUUAGCAUAAGGUCAGGCAUGGUAGGCAAGGAAACAUUCUUUUAAGAGGUUGUUUUGGGGAUGUUGAGAUGGUCUAUCUACUGGACUGGAUGCCAGAGUUUUAUUUUCACAGAAUAUACACACCUGUAGGAAGAAGUGGGUAAGAAUCUGAAUUUACCAGGAAAUCUAAUGACCGAUAAGCGAUGAGAAGUGGGGAGGUAUAAGCUGGUGGAAUGCUUUGUAGUGUUAGUAAGGAAUGUGAAAACUGAGGUUCUUUGAUGGGUGGGAGGCUAUUGUCUUUGCAGCAUGCAGGUGACACGAGGAGAUGAUGAGGAUGGGUUUAGAAUGAUACAGGCAAAAUAAUGUUUUUCAAUGGUAUUAUGCAAGACAAUGAAAGUCAAGGGGGGAGUGAGAUACCCUCCUUUUGAAGAUGGAGUUGAGAAGGAAUUUAACAAUGGACAAAAUAAGGUAUGUUUUGUUUAAUUCUUUUUAGAAUAUAUAUUGAAGUGGUGUAAAUGGUCACUGGUAGUCGUUGAGUUCAUGCAUUUGUCAUAGUGUGCAGAUUGUGAAAUCAUGGCUGAAUGCUGAAAUGAGGAAGGAAAUGGUAAAAAUUUGAAGGGGAGAUAAUGCGUGGUUUUCACACACAGUGAACUCAGAAUUUUAGCAAAUUAAAUCUGAUCGGCAUAACCAAUUCUAAAAUAGCUGGUUUGAAAAUAAUAUCCACCUCCAUAAAAGUCAUGUAUUUUUUUUAAAUGUUUGCGUCACUUUUGCCAAUCUCUACAGUUAGGGGUUUAGUGGAUGAAUAUUCUGAGUAUAUUGUUGGGGGGAAAAAGAUAAAGCACAAAACUGGAUAAAUCUGGAAACAAAGGGGUCUUGAAGCUGUGAAUAGAUCUAAGGUCAGACAGAAGGUCUGUAUAAAGGAUAAUAUAAAUGACUGAACAUUCUAUUCCUUAUCAAAUGAUCUUAGAGACAGCUUUGUAGGUCAAUGGUGUUUUUUGUUGUUGUGGUUUUUUUUUUAAAGAAUUUUUUUGAAAUGUAAAUAAAUAUAUAUUACAUUUUUUUUAAAAUACUCUAGAUUACAGUUUGGAUCUCACAUUCAAUCUUGGAGUUCUGUAUUUUCAUUUGCAAACCACGUGACGGUCUCACAGGGUGUGAAGUUAAAUAAAUUCAUAUGUACAAUGGUGGCAAAGACAUGGGUGAAAAAACAGAAGUAAAGUCUCCCAUGCUCUGGAGACCUUCACAAAAUUAGUUUUUGCUACACUUUGAUACCUGUCCAGUACAUUGCAUCUUUUAACCCCUUAAGGACACAUGACAUGUGUGACAUGUCAUGAUUCCCUUUUAUUCCAGAAGUUUGGUCCUUAAGGGGUUAAGCAGGUGUUGGAUCCCAUUGGAUAUUGAGGUAACAAGGCUGAUUUGAUGUGACAAUCCACCUGGGUACUACAAAUGGGACAUGAACAUUGUUCAGAGAUUUUUAAUUUUCAGUUCAAACUUUUUUUGUCUUUUGCUAUAUAGAUAUAGUUAUAUUAAUGCAUUAAAUCUUAAAAUGCCCACGUGCCAUUAGACUGUGCUUUUUAGAGUUUUCUUUGCUUUGUACUCUGUGGGCAAACAUAGUAAACUUUCCUGAGCAGGACAACUUGAGGAAAUCUAGAUUAUCCAGGAGCACUCAUGGAUUUAAUUUCCAGAUGCCUAAUACAUUUACCAGACUCCUUUCUUACCCCACCUUAUAACAGAAGUCGAAGACGCACACUGAUCUUUUCACUCCUUGUUGCACAAGGUCCAUUGUAUUUUUAGCCUGUCACCCCCUUUCCCCCUCCCCCUCGUAGCCUUUAUUUCCUUUUAAUAUGUUAAUGGAGAAAGCCAUCUCAGCUGAAACAAUCGUUUCAAAGACCAACAAAAUCUACAAUUGUAAUAAGGAACACUCUAACGUUAACAAUAUAUUUAAGGUUAGUGUUCUUUCUUUUAGAGUAGAUUACUGGGAACUCCAUUAAAAACAAAAACAAUGUUUUAAAAAGCCAUAGACUGCCCUUUAAUCAAGCCCUGAGACAGGGGCGGAUCCAGAACCAAAUCUCGGGAGGGGCACUUAAGUGGGCUAGAGCGGGGUGAAACAGGCUGCAGCGGAGGAAUAGGGGACUCUUGUUUAGGGGAUAGAGGCUGUACACAUAUGCGGCCACACACAGUGAUAUGGAAACACAAUAACAGAUACAGACACAUAACUGACACAGACACAUGCACUGGCACACCCACAGAUACAAACCUACACAGGCACACACACACUGGCACACAAACACACUGGCACAUAGAUACACACAUACCUACACAUGCACACUGGCGAAACCGCACACACACAUCCCUACACAUACACAGAAUGACACACAUACACAGAUACAAGGUAAUAGAAUAUACAGGCAUAACUCCAGGUACUGAAGGUGUAUUUAUUGGAGGGUAGAACAACGUUUCAGCCCUUGGGGGCCUUAAUCAUGUUUAAGUCCCUCUAGGGCUGAAAAGUUGCACUUUUAUGUGGUGUUCUACCCUCCAAUAAAUACACCUUCAGUACCUGGUGUGUUGCCUGUAUAUUCUAUUACCUUGUAUUGUUGGACGGAUUAGCAGAGUCUGUCUAAUCCAGAGCACCUUUUGAGGCUGUGGGCCAGAGUGAAAAGCGGAACCUGAGUGCAGUGGAUGACGUUGUCUGUGGUACACACACAGAUACAUACUCACAGAUACACAUUAACACUCUCACAGAUUCACACACUGACACUCUGAUACACACAGAUGUCCACAUACCUAAACAUACGCACUGGCACACAGACGCACACGUACACACUGACACACACAGAUGUCCACAUACCUAAGCAUACACACUGACACACACAGAUGUCCACAUACCUAAACAUACACACUGACACACACACAGAUGUCCACAUACCUAAACAUACACACUGACACACACAGAUGUCCACAUACCUAAACAUACACACUGACACACACAGAUGUCCACAUACCUAAACAUACACACUGGCACACACAGAUGUCCACAUACCUAAACAUACACACUGGCACACACAAUGUCCACAUACCUAAACAUACACACUGGCACACACAGAUGUCCACAUACCUAAACAUACACACUGGCACACACAAAUGUCCACAUACCUAAACAUACACACUGACACACACACAAAUUGCAGCUUCCAUAAUGUUAAGCACCCUCCCCUCUGCUUAAAUACCUUUUUCUUUGCAGGGAGGUGACUUCCUGAGGCUGGCUGAGCCUGAUGGGAGUCUGAAGCUGCAGAGCUCUCUCUCUCUCUCCUCCCUCCUCCUUCUCUCCCAGCUGCAUCCUGCAUGUUCUCAGCCCGCGCGGUCUGUAUGCUGGGAGGAAGAAACAGUCACUUCCUCCCAGCACUCCCUGCAACUUUAAAGGGGCCAGGUCUGCCAAAGGGCUGCAGCACCCAACCAAGCCCCUAAUGAGGUGGCUCAACUGACGGGAGCUGCACUAUUUUCUCGGGGCAACGGGGCAAUUGGACCCCCCCUGGAUCCGCCACUGCCCUGAGACCGUCUCCUCUCUGUAACCCAAUCUGCCCAUGAUGUGAACAUCAAAUUCGAUGAUUUUUGUUCCAGCCAAAUGAUUCUCAUAUAGAAGUGUUGAGACCUACGAUGCAGCACGGCAAGCGUUUUGAUUUAUCAGCCUAAUGCUUCUAAUAGAGGGACUUUGAAUCCAGUGCUUCUCAAUGAAACGGAUUAGUUGCAUUCAGCACCAUGGUGGUGAUACUGAAUGUGAAAACUAAAAAAUCGGUGGUCUUACAAACGAAGACCUUCUUGGCUGCCUUUGUGACUGCUCUAGAGGCAUCUUUUAGGCCACUUGGAAACAUUGCCAUUUCUUAGAAAGUACAGAGAAAGAGGUAAGUUUAAUCCCUUCCUCCCCCUAGAGCCCAGCGGGAGGGGGACCCUGAGGGUGGGAGCAUUAACGAGUGUUUUCCUGGCACUAUAGUGGUCCUUUAACCCCUUAAGGACCAAACUUCUGAAAUAAAAGGGAAUCAUGACAUGUCACACAUGUCAUGUGUCCUUAAGGGGUUAAGCGUUAAAGGACCACUAUAGGCACCCAGACCACUUCACCUUAAUGAAGUGGUCUGGGUGCCUGGUCCAGCUAGGGUUAACCCUUCUAUGUUUACACUGAGGUUUAAUCUAGCCUCUAAAGCCUCUAGUGGCUGUCUCAUUGACAGCCGCUAGAGGCGCUUGCGUGCUUCUCACUGGGAAAAUCACAGUGAGAAGAUGCCAGUGUCCAUAGGAAAGCAUUGUAAAUGCUUUCCUAUGAACUGGCUGAAUGCGCGCGCGGCUCGUGCCGCGCAUGCGCAUUCAGCCAAUGACGUUGCUAGGAAGAAGGAGAGGAGGAGGAAAACUCCCCUGCCCGGCGCUGGAGAAAGGUAAGAUUUUAACCUCUUCCUCUCUCCAGAGCCCGGCGGGAGGGGGACCCUCAGGGCAAUAUAGUGCCAGGAAAACGAGUAUGUUUUCCUGGCACUAUAGUGGUCCUUUAAAUUCAAUACUUUUCUAUGAGCUGCAUUUGGUCACAUGACUGAGUUUGACUAGCUCAGUGUAGAAAAUGCCUACUAUAGGUGUGUUUAACCCCUUAAGGACCGAGGACGGUUCAGGACCGUCAUCGGCAUUUUUGCGUUGCCAACCGAUGACGGUCCUGAACCGUCCUAACGGUCAGAGCUACUUACCUGAUCGCCCUCGUUCCCCCGGCGGCGAUCAGCGUGGCUCCGGUUGUGGGGAGACUGCCUGCAGCCCAGGCAGUCUCCCCACGGCAGAUUAGGACCCCUGUGGCCAUGUGAUCGCUUAACAGAGCGAUCACAUGGUCACAAUAGGUGUCCAUGUGUCUGCCUGCAGGGGGACUGUCUGUGCUGACAGGCAGUCUCCCUGCAUGUGUAAAAUCAAAAAAAAAAAUAAAGUUAAUGUUAAUAAAAAAUAAAUAAAUAAUUAUAUAUGUGUAUAUAUGAUAUAUAACAUAUAUUAUAUCUAUAUAAUAUAUGUCUCUAUAUCAUAUAUAUAUAAUGUCAUACUAAGUGUAUUUUUAUAUUAAUAUGUACUUAUAUUAAUAUAAAAAUACACUUAUAAUUAAAUUACACACGUAUAUAUAUAUAAUAUAUAUAAUAACUAUAUAUAUUGUAUAUAUAUAUUAUUAUAAAAUAUAAAUAAUAAGUAAUUUAAAUUAAAUAAUUUUUUUUUAAAUAAUAAUAAAAAAUUUAAAAAAAAUUAUAUAGCUAUAUGAAAUUUUAUUCUAACUGUAUUUUAAAAUUAAUAUAUAUAUAUUUAUAUCAAAAUACACUUAGAAUGAAUUUGUAUAUAUAUCUAUGUAUAUAAAAAUAAAUAAAAAUAAUAAGAAAUAUACAUACGUCCAUAUACAAAAUUACAUAAAUAAUUAUAUAAAUAUACACGUAGACUUCAAAUAUAUAAAUAUGCAUAUAUAUUUAAAUUCUACGUGCGUAUUUAUGUAAUAUUUUUACAUAAUUCAGUAAUUUUAUUGAUUGCAAUUUGAGGGACCUGCCUGCCAACCCAGGCCGAAAUUCCAGAGAAUUUAAUUUGCUAGCACUGUAUUUUACCCUGUAACGUUCUACGACACCCUAAAACCUGUACAUGGGGGGUACUGUUUUACUCGGGAGACUUCGCUGAACACAAAUAUUAGUGAUUCAAAACAGUAAAACAUAUCACAGCGAUGAUAUUGUCAGUGAAAGUUACUUUUUUUGCAUUUUUCACACACAAACAGCACUUUUACUGAUGAUAUAAUUGUUGUGAUACGUUUUCCAGUUUUUAAACACUAAUAUUUGUGUUCAGCGAUGUCUCCCGAGUAAAACAGUACCCCCCAUGUACAGGUUUUAUAGCAUUUGUGAAAGUUACAAGGUCAAAUAUAUGGGUCAAAUAUUUUUACAUUGAAAAUGGCCAGGUUGGUUACGUUGCCUUUGAGAGCGUAUGGUAGCCCAGGAAUGAGAAUUACCCCAUGAUGGCAUACCAUUUGCAAAAGAAGACAACCCAAGGUAUUGCAAAUGGGGUAUGUCCAGUCUUUUUUAGUAACCACUUGGUCACAAACACUGGCCAAAAUUAGCGUUCAAUUUAGUUUUUUUACUUUUUUCACACACAAACAAAUAUGAAUGCUUACUUUGGCCAGUGUUUUCGACUAAGUGGCUACUAAAAAAGACUGGACAUACCCCAUAUUGAAUACCCUGGGUUGUCUACUUUAAAAAAAAUAUGUACAUGUGGGGUAUUAUUCAGAGAUUUAUGACAGAUAAUAGUGUUACAAUGUCACUAUUGAUAAAUUUUAAAAAUGUAUGUUUUGAAACCGCAAUAUCCUACUUGUACCUAUAGCCCUAUAACAUGCAAAAAAAAGCAAAAAAGCACGUAAACACUAGGUAUUUUUAAACUCAGGACAAAAUUUUGAAUCUAUUUAGCAGUUUUUUUCAUUCGCUUUUGUAGAUGAGUAAAAGAUUUUUCAAGUAAAAGUCAAAAAACAUGUAUUUUUUCAAUUUUUCAUCAUAUUUUUUUAUUUUUUUUAAAUUAAAAUACAUGAGAUUAUAUAAAUAAUGGUAUGUAAAGAAAGCCCCUUUUGUCCUGAAAAAAACAAUAUAUAAUUUGUAUGGGAACAGUAAAUGAGAAAGCAGAAAAUUACAGCCAAACACAAACACCACAAAAGUGUAAAAAUAUGCCUGGUCGCAAAUGUACAACAUCGCAAAAACAGUCCAGUCCUUAAGGGGUUAAUUCUGCAAUGCAGACUCUACAAAAAACAAAACCUACACCGCCACUGAACCCAGACCACACCAUAGAGAUGAAGUGAUCUGGGAGCCAAGUGUCCUUUAAAACACACUGUUGUAGUCUGCUACAAAUUGUAUGGAGAAGAGACUUCAUUGUAUUCUGCAAUUAAGUUUAUAGGAAUUCUGCUUUGGAGUGUUGACUUUCUUUCUUCAUACCUUUUUAUUAAAUAGAUUAAGAAAAAGAAAAAAAAUUCUUAGAAUCUAAAACAAUGUGAUUGUCUGGUUCAGCUUCACUUUGUAUUAAGGCACUAUUCUGGGCUUUUAAAGCGUCACUGAAAUCCCCCCGCCCCUCCCAUUGCAAAAUGGGUAUUUCAUAAAGAUAACCUCUUAAUUCAAUACUCAUAUGGACUGUGUUAUGUCCCUGAAGUUCCGACCCAGUCAAAAGAUUUAUUGAGAUAAAAUAGGGACUUUUUCCUCUGCUUGACACAGAGCAAAGCUGAAACCAUCAAGAAGUGUCAAUCCCCCAGCCACCAGUAACGGGUGCAGAGAAUUGUCCCUGUUAAUAGGAGGUCUUGCGGGAUCUUUCAUAGACCUAAAUGCUGUACUAUUGAACAUGUGUGAGAGUACAGCAGUGACGUCAGUGCCUGGUGCUGAAGCUCCAAGAGUAGAUGAGGACUGCCAGGAAGACAAUGGUGGCCCCUAUGAGGGACAGGUUCAAGUAAGUAGAACUCAGCCUUGGCCUGCCUCCUCCGGCCACUGGACCCUCCAGCAGCGAAUUCACCAUCGGGAACCUUUGUAAAUUUUGCAAGUCCCCAGACAGUGACCGUUCCGCUUUAAAAUGUAUUUCUUUUAUCUAAUACAGUUGAGUCGUUUUUAUUUUCUAUUAUGCAUCUGUUUUAAUAAUAAGUGAUGCGGUCACCAUAGUGUGAAACUGCCAUAUAUACACAUUGAUUUAUUAAGAAACAAGGGGUUAAUCUUUAGUUAUGGUUUUGCGGCAUCUUGUUUAUUUUCCAUUUGGUUAACCCCUUAAGGACCAAACUUCUGGAAUAAAAGGGAAUCAUAACAUGUCACACAUUUCAUGUGUCCUUAAGGGGUUAAAAGUCUCCCUAAAAUAAUACACUGAUGUUUCUGCAAAGACUCAGAAUUUGACCUACCAAGUAUAGCCUCCCACAACAUUAACUUCUGGUACUUGCUGUGAUUUGUUAGGUUAUCUUGUCUUUCUUUCGGCCAAGCUUGUUUUUACUAUUCUCUCAUUUUGUCAACGUUAACAUGCUGUGUCUAUUUUUCUGAAUGUAAAGUCCCUGCCACCAUAGUUUCAGAGCUGGCCUGCAGUUGGCAUUUUUGCAUUUGUUGAUUACUCGUUUUCCUGUCUGCGUUGCGCUCCAAAUUUGAUUUACUCAUUAAAAAAAUAUAUAAUGAAACUGUUGUUAUAAAAGCUUAUCAGACUGUUCUUCUCGUUCCAGCUUGUGGAGUUCCAUGAUGCAUGAGGGCUGAGGAGAUGAUUUUAAUCGGAGUAAGUUUACCUACGUCUUGUUCUGCUUCAGACGUCAGAAAACCCAGUGGAUAUAAGCAAAGGGAUUUUUAUAUUAUUUUAACUCAUGAAUAUCUUUAUCCUGGAUUAUAGCUGACAUAUAUACAUAUAUAUAUAUACUUUUAAAAAGUUCUUAUUUUAUUUAAAAAAAAAAAAAAAAAGGAAAUUGCAAUUUUCUGUUUUAGCAGGGAUUAAAAUUUUAUACAAAAAUGACAACCUCAUCUAUAAGGAGACAAAUGAAAAACAUUGUAAAUAAUUACUCUGAGGCUGAAAUAAAAGUUCGGGAAGCCACCUCCAAUGACCCAUGGGGUCCCUCCAGUUCCCUCAUGACGGAAAUAGCUGAUUUGACUUACAACGUAGUGGCUUUUUCAGAAAUCAUGAGCAUGAUAUGGAAAAGGUUGAAUGACCAUGGGAAAAACUGGAGACAUGUUUAUAAAGCAUUGACUUUAUUGGAUUAUCUCAUCAAAACCGGGUCGGAGAGAGUGUCCCACCAGUGCAAAGAGAAUAUUUUCGCUAUACAAACACUGAAAGAUUUCCAGUAUAUUGACCGGGAUGGGAAAGACCAGGGAAUCAAUGUGCGGGAGAAAUCAAAACAGUUGGUGUGUCUCUUGAAAGAUGAUGAGCGAUUAAAGGGCGAGAGAGCUCAAGCCCUCAAAACAAAAGAGAGAAUGGCUCAGGUUGCAACCGGGGUUGGCAGCAACAACCCUAUCUCUUUUGGUCGUGGAUCUAGCCAACCCAACUUAUCUACUAGUUACUCCGAGCAGGAUUAUGGGAAAUCUGGAGGCUCUCCAGCAUCUUACCAUGGAUGUGAGUAUCAAUGCAACAUUUAUUUUUUGCCAUUUGUCUCAUAGGGUAGAAAUUUUUUUUCUUUUCUUUAUAUUUUGCACAUAUAUAGUCUUGACUAGUAACCGCUAUGCAUAUGAAACCCAUACCUAACAGUCUCGAUAUUAGCAAAAAAAUGUUUAGGUAUGAUAAUUACUUGUCUGUGGAUAAGGAGCGUUUUCUCUUAACAACCAAUAACAACAAUGAAUGUUUUGACCAUGUGAUGUCCCAACCGCACUUGGUUGAUAUUUUAAAGAUAUGCAGAUGUUUUUAGGACUGUUAUGUCACCCAUCCUUCUUCCCCCAAUCAUUCUUCGGAUGCAGCUGCGCUAAUAACUGAGAUAGUUAACCUUUCCAAAAACGUAAUUCUUCCAAAAUCUCAAGCUUAAAGAAAAAAAAAAAUGUUGGCUUGUCUCAAAAUAUGUUUGACACUUUUAGACAACUGCAAUAAAAACACACAUUUGUAAAAAGAUAUAAGACUUUGCAUAGCUGUGCCAAGUUUUAAGAGAUUUGUUUUGGGUACAACAUUGGAAUUUAACAGGAGAAGUGUUAAAAUUCACAUGUUUCUUCCUUCCUUUGUCAUUAUCACCUUUGGUCUAGCCAAUUUGGUUGCUUUUUCGAAAGGUAGAAUAAAAUGUUUUAAAAUGACCUCUAGUUUCUGCCUGAAUUUGUUUGUUUAAACUAAAAAUACGCCUUUUAUAAUAUUCCCCCCUCCCCGCUGUGCAUUUUAUAUUAAUUCCUUGCACUUGCUGCAAAAUGUAAAUUUGCAGCUUCUGCAGUGUACCCUUAUUUUUCUAUUCUCAUUGGUUAUGCUUUACGGACACAGCCAAGAUUUCCAGGAAACAUAAUUCACAUGUCAGCUUUUCUGCUAUAGGAAAUGAACAGCUGGUGGAGACACUAAGCACUAGGUGACCCCGUUAUCGAUUUGUCACAUUACUGGCUUUUUCCCAGCAUCGCUUUAAUAAGCCUCUUCUCCUAAUCAUGUGCUCAAUCAUGUAUACUUUCUGUCAAUAGACUUUACUGCUCUGUUAUCUUAGGUCAUGUUUCAGUUAUAUACAGUAAUAUAGUAAAAUGUGUUUUUUAUUAAAAAGGCGCUUCACCAUUUUUUUUACAAACAUUUCAAAAUUAUAAUACAAAAAAUGGGGGUCAGAACACCCAUCCAAAUGUUCAUAUUCAAACAAGACAAUUUUCGUAAACAAAAAUAAUUGCUCAAUCGGCUCAACAAUAUUUCAGAAUAUAUACAAAGUUACGGGUGUAGUAGUCAAUAUAUGACACAAUUAUAAAGUUAAAUGUCAGAAUUAGUCAAUUGAUUAAAUUAUAGGGGAUUUGAACGUUUUAUAUUAUCUUCCCAAACAUUCCAAUAAAUUCCUAAUUGGUCACUAAUACAAGAUGGUUUAUUAUCCAAUAUCGGGUACAAAACUUCUCUAAGGGAUAGUAUUUUGUCUGUUUUCCAAUACCUCGGAAUAGACAAUGUGCAAAUACAGUAAUCUAGCUAAUCAAGUAAAUUGUAUCUCCUAUUCAAUUGCAUGUUGCACAUCCACAAAAUACUAUGGCCUGGUCAAACAGGCUCUAUGCCAAGAGGUCUGUGUGUUCUCCCUCCAUCCCCCCACCCUCCUCUUCCGCACACAAUAAACAGACCUACUCUUCAUUAGCGGAGAUGAGAAGCCUGUAAAUUUAAUUUUGGAUAAGUAGUUGAUUGUACCAUGGCACUCUCUCUCAAGGAUGAGCCCGCUCCUAUUGUGAUCACUCCAAUUCGCCAACACAUGUGACUGGCGAUAGAUCCAAAUCUUCUUGUAAAAUGCCCACCUAAUUAUGGAUAGGGGACAACUUGGUGAUCAGCUGUUGCACAACUGCAGGGGUCUGCUGUAGCCCAGACCUACUGUAACUAAGAAUCUCAAGAUCCUCUCACAUUGUGAGAAUUGACAUCCUUUGCCACCCAAUAGAUAGUGAAAUCUUUAUGUAUACAAUGUUUAUAUAACUGUCUGUCUCUAUACCCCAAAAAAUGUGCAUUAUGAUUUUUUUUUUUUUAAUAAUUAGUAAAUUUAAAUAUAUGCAAAAAUACAUAAAUUAAAAAAAGAUGUUUUAGUGGGGAAGGGAGACUCUUUAAUUUCUGAAAAGAUUGUGUAAUCUAGAAUUUGCCCAUUCAUUUAGAAAUCUAAAUUAUUUGGGGGACAUUGAGGUAAAACUUUUUUUUUUUUAAAUCUUGAUUUAUUUGAAACCGUUUUAUAACGGGUUUUUUUUCACCUGCAAGAUGCACGUUAUGCAUUCAUGUUCUGUUAGUAAAAGAUGCAAAAUUGAAGGCAAGAAAGAUAAUCAGCAUAAUUAAACAUUUCUAAAAUUCUCAAUAAUUAUUGUUUGUGGUUCUGCUUCAUUUUUUUAUUUUAAUGCAAACGUGUGUUAAAAUUACUUUCUUUGCAUUAUGUCUGCAGUACACCGGGUAAUAGUAUAUUACUGUUAACCUUUUGGCUGCCUGAAUCUUAGCUUGCUCCUGGCUUUGCUUCCACUGUUCCACUGCUACAUGACAGUGUUGGAGUCGAGUUGGCGUACAGUGCCCCAAGUGCAUGUCUGGCAUUGGCUGUAAAAGCAGAGUUAGAGGCUGCAGUCUCACGUCCUACAGUCUUGACACAAAGACACCGCGUCCCCAAAAAAAUGGCAUGGUUGAUGUGUGAAGGUUAUUCUGGGAUUGUACGUGACUAUUUAUAAACAGGCAGUGUGUGUGGGAGGAAUGUUAGUUGGCAGUGUAUAUAUUAAAGGGACAUUCUAGCAUCUCAUUGUACAGCACUACGGAAUAUGUUGGGGCUUUAUAAAUCAUAAUAAUAAUCCGCUGCAGCUUAAUGUAGUAAUGUAGUUAUUCUGGUGUCUACAUUGAAGAGCCUGCAGGGACAUGCUAUAAACCCUGUCUUCUCAGAGGAAAGACAGUGUUUACAUUGCUGGCUGGCAGCACCUCUACAGGCAGUCCCUCAGAUUGCCACUAGAGGUGCUUUCUUUCAUACUAUUCAGCACUGGCAUUGAGUGUGUCUACACUCUGCAUGGAGGAGUUAAAUGUAGUGCUGUAUUUUGGCGCACAUGUGCUAUAGAAUCUCAAUGAUUUCCUAUGGGAAAACAUUGGAUUGGCUGAGAUAAUCAGGAUUGAUGAUCUCAGUCAUUGAGGUCAGGUUUAUGUGUAGGUUUCGUUUUUUGGGGGUGGAGAUGUUUUUUUUUUUUUUUUUUGUGUGUGUUUACUGCUUUACCAUUGAUUAUUAACUUUUCAUUGUUUAUGGAGAAAGGAAUGUGAGCUGCUAUGAUUUAAGGGUUUGUUCAAAUAGAUGCACAUCUACAUAACAAACUAAUCUUUCAUUCCUAAAUCAGAACAGAAUGAUAAAAAAAAGUACAGAAAUCCCUAAAGGUUAAAAUUUCCAAGAUGCUCCUCUUUAAAAAUAAAAUCUAGUUUUGAAUACCCUCUUACAUUUUGUCCUCGUAAAUCCUUAUGGGCUUUCAAUUUGGAAAGCAGAUGGAGAUAAUAUAUAAAAAAAACAUACAAAUAUGCCCUCCUUUCACUGUCCCUCAUUUAAAGGAAAUCCCCAGGAAAUGGCUGUCAUUUUCAUUAAUGUUGCUCUGCCUACCCCUUAAACCACUAUGAGUUACAGGCUUAUGUGUUUGAACGUGUUAUACUAUCAAUGCAGAAUAGAUUGGAAGCAGCUACAUGGCUGGAAAAACAUGAAUACAGUUACUUUCACAAGCUAAAUGCUGAUCGGUUUCUUCUACUAUCAACUUGUGUAGGUAGCUUCAUUUAUUUUUGUUUUGUAUCUCUGUAUGUCCGUAUGUCGUAAUGUGUGUGCAUUUGUGUCUACAUCUGUGCUGGUUUAAGUUUGUAUCUGUGUAAAAAUGUGUGUGGUGGAACCGGGGCUCUGUCUGUUUUAGUUCCAUUAAUGGUCAGGGAUCCUGAUUCACUGUUAGACUACUUGAAAAAAAUGGUUUAACACUGAAAGGAGGGGCAGUGCCAGUGGACUCCAAACACUAUCCAAUUCAGUGACAUGAAAUGGUAAUAGUCUUUGUAUAUUGGAUUUUUGUAAUAUUGUGUCCUAUUGUAACAAUGCAAUGUUUUGUGUACCCAGGACAAAUCUGAAUGUAUCCAUCCUGGUAAAGUAUUUUUAUAAAUAAAUAAAUAGUCCCCCUUUAAAUAUAUUUAAGUUACUCCUAAAACAUUUCAAAUUAAGCCAUUGAGGGUGAACCUCCGAUUACACAAAAUACAGACAAUAUAUCGAGGCACGAAAAGAUUUCUAAUUGAAAAGUAUAAAUAAUUCUGAUGCUUGGAGUGAAGUUGCAUUUAAAGAAGAAAACGAGCAUUCGGUGUUUUUAUGGUUGCUAAGACUUUAUCCAUAUACCAUUUUUGUAGCUUCCCAAAAAUUCCGACAAACCUUUUCUCUAACCUACAUAGGAGGGACAGCUAUAGAGAUCUGUAUUGCUCUGUGUGGCCACAGUUUUGACAAUCAUUGUCAAUUCUGGCAAAUGAAAAGUCCAUUUAAUUAAAAAAAUAAAAUAAAUAAUAAUUUAGUUUUUAGCCUUUAAGAGGGCAUUGUGUUGCACAGCUUGGUGUAACCUUGUAAAAUGGUUCUCUCUUGUUUUCUUUUUUGAAUACUCUACUACCCCUCUCAGCCUUCCUGUUGGCCAGCAAGACCUUUACCGAUUAUUUUAAUUGCUGCCAUAUACUGACUAUACAAUGUAUCUCUGUAGGGGGUACUUCUUAUUAGAACCAGGAAUUCCUUUGCUGCCAGAAAAACUGCAAGAUAAGAUUUGAAUAGGUCUUCCUAUCAGCUUAAGAGAUAAGAGUGCUAAAAUGCAAACUCUAUACAAGGAACACACAAAGAAGCACUUUCAAAUAACACUAUAGCAUUAGGAAUUCAGAGUGUAUUCCUAACGCUGUUGUGCCCUAGUCACAGUUUCAGUGACUGGCUGCCCAUUGCCUAGUUUAAAAAGCCAGUUUACUUGCCUUUUCUUACUCACAGCGAUGGUCUCCGGCAUGCAGAUCCACCUCAUUGGCUGCGAUUAUCAUUGAAAGGUGGCAGAAGCGGGAUGUUGCCCAGUGAGGAUCUCUGAGCACAGCCAACCUAGCUCUUGUGUGUGGAGUGUGCUCUUUUAAAAAAAAAAUAAUAACAAUUUUGCAAAAAGCGCAGACCCUUUUGUAAAUUAACCUUGUUACACCCCCUGAUUGUCAAUCAGACAACCGGUCCUGUUACUUCCUGGUUGUUUAGGUCAGUGGACCUAAACUCAAAAGCCAGCAAUUGCUUUUAUGUUGUAUAUGGGCGGUGGAGUGUCCCUCUAAACUCAAAUCUCCAAGUUUUAAGUUAGUCCAGUCUGGCUAAUUUUAACCCUAUCUUUCAUACCUUCAGCUGCUCUAGGGCACCCUGUAAACCUCUAUCUAACCAUAACUUUGCAGGCCUUGCUGAGUGCCCUGUACAUUCAGGUUCCUAAGAUUCCUGAUAAAACUGAACUGUACAAGGAACCAACUUGAGCAUUACACGGCCAUCCUACCACCUAUCACAGUAUGAGGUGUAGAAACCUGCCUUCUAACUCUGCCUCCUACAGGCAGAAUCCUUGCUAGUGUCUGCACUCUUUUCUCACCUCUCUCGAGCAGUAGGCAGAUCCUGGCAUGUCACUUUUAGGUAUAGCACAAGAAGGAGACGGAACUCUCUCCAAAGUUGUAACUGAAAAGUUCAUAGUUCUCUGUCCAGAACCUGUAUUACACGCUAAAUAUGUUGUGGGGGGAGUUUACUGGAAAGCACAGUUGAAACGUCUAUAUUGCUUAUAUAGGUCUUAAGUUUUACCUGUUGAAUUCUCACUGAGACUCUCCAGUAAUAUAUAUUUCUCUCUGGAAACCGUAACGGGCACCUGUGCUGGGAGAGUGUUCCCCAGGAGUCUGGUGAAAACUCAAACCACUUACAUAAACACUGGAAAGGAACUACCCCUAGUGUGCAUAUUUUAUUUGGCGUCUCUCUUAAAUAAGCAAAAAUCGGUGCUGCAGUAUUGCUCUAUUUUCCCAAAUUUCUCCAGGACAGGCUCACGAGUGAAGUCCAUUGACAUAAAAUAAAUUUUUUAUUGCUGGCAUUAAUCCUCGCACACUGAAAACAGACACCAAGGAUCAUUGGUAAAAAAUGAAUUAUUAGAAUAAAUUUCCCUAUUUGUGUGUUUUGGGGUUUUUUUUUUUGUUUUUUUCCCCCAAGUAGUUCUAAUUUCAGAGUAUGUUUUGUUUAUUAAUCAAAAUAUAAUUAUUAUUUUUUUUUAUAAAAAUGAAUAAAACAAGAUUAUUUUAUGUAAGUAAGCUAAAUAUACAUUAGCCCGUAAUUGUGUGAUGGCUUUUGGCAAAAUGCUUAUUCCACUCUUCUUGGGGGUUGUGUUUUUUAUUAUUUUUUUUUAUUUAUUUUUUUACACAUAUCGGGGUUUUAGAGUUCUUGUUCCUCUUCAAAUUUUGACCAUCUAUAUAUAUUUGUUUAAUGCACUAUAUGUACCAGGUCUGUCCAGAAAAACACCAGCCAUUGUUAAUAUAACAAGAACAGUUUGCGCAACAUCGUUGUAACCUGGCAGCCAAGGAGAGUGGACUGGAAUGCGCAUGCGUGAACAAUGACAACUUCACUGUACUAGUCAGUGGGGGCGCUUGAUGCCUUUGAGUGAGCAUAUGUGCUGGCCAUCACAUUCUAACUGAGCGAGUAGAGCAACGAAUCUGCAUCAAAUUUUGCGUUAAGCUUGCUCAUUCCUCCGCGGAAACUAUUCGGAUGAUUCAAAAGACUUUCGGGGGCGAUGCAAUGAGUGCGGCUCAAAUAAGUGUGGCACAAAUACUUUAAAGAUGGUCGAGUAUCUGUUGAAAACUGUGGCACCCUGCGAAUUCUGGCUUUUCCCAAAACUAAAAUCACCUUUGAAGAGAAGAGGUUUCAGACCGUUGAUGACAAUCCGGUAAAUAAGACGAUGCAGCUGAUGGCGAUUCCAACAAAAUGAUUUUGCAGAGUAUUUGGAACAGUGGAAGAGGCACUGGAAGAACUGUGUGACGUCCCAAGGUGCCUACUUUGAAGGGGACUGAGGCGUCAUUUUCCUAUGUACAAUGUUUCUUGUAUCUACUUCAAUAAAUGUCUCUAUUUUUCAAAUUACAUGGAUGGAUACUUUCCGGAGAGACCUUGUAUAUCCCCUCCAAUUCCUGAUCCAGUAUGAGAUUAUUCUGGGGGAUCAUAGUUUCCCACAAUCCUCUCUCUCACGGGUUUAUGGAAUAAGUAGUUUAGUUUAUCCCCCAAGAGGAGUCCCAGUCAAUAUAUAGAAUACUUGGAACUGCAUUAUAAACUGGUAGCUGCCAUACCGCAUUUGUUGUCAGUUUACAUACAGCUAGGUUCACUAUUUAGCAAAAUAGGCUGAGCUUGGCGAUCAAGUAAGCUGUAGACCGAACAUGUGCAAUCCACGGCUUGGCUCUAUGGGAGGGACUUAUGUCUUAUUGUAUAAACAGCACUGCUGCAAGAAGCUAUAGCAGUAAUCAGAGUGGGCUCAGGGUGCCAUAUGUACCGUGCAAUUUGCAAGAAAGCAAAGUACUUAUGGUUCUUACUGACCCUUAAACUCAGUUUUUUUUAAAUUAAGUUGAGGGUCCUGCUCAAACGAGUUUACAUUCUAGAUGUGCGCAGUACCAAGUACAACGCAGGUAAGUGGAUCUCAUCCUAGCGAUAUAGCUACUGUAGCUGGUUUCAGAAAUCUGUUUGGUUUCAACAGAGCAGUGUUGGCCUGCUAGGUGCAAGACUGACUUCACGCAUGCUCGGAAAGAAGGUUGGGUAGGGACAGAUGGUGCGUGAGAGUCCUACUUUAGUGAUUAGCAGAAUUUAAAAGUGAUUUUCUCUGUGCUGAAAGCUUGGGAGGGUGGGGGGAAUCUCAAACACCUAGAUUAACCUUAUGGAGCUCCAUCCUAGAUUGUGUGAUAAAUAUCCACAUAAAACAGAUUUUGUAAUAUUGUUUGAAAGCUAUUUUAAAAUAAAAUGACAUUUCAAAUUUACGAACCAGUAGACACGUUGAGGAAUUAAUGUUUAAAACUGGUGCAUCUGUGUUUUCUACAAAACCCUUCAUUUAGCUCUUGCAAUGUACUUGUUUUGCAAAUGGACCUUGGUGUUCGUAAAGUUAUGCCUUAUUGGGGAUUAUUCACUAAAUGCUGAUAAGAUAUUUUUUUUCCCGAGUUCUGCAGUUUUUAUUUACAUGUUGCACAUUGAUUUUUGGUCCACCAUCUCGAGAUUAAUCCCUUUUAUAUUUGUCUCUAUAAAUUUGUAUGUAAAGUCUUUGAAGAUAUGUUUGCAACUCUGUUUUCUGGGGGUUUUUAUGUUUGUAUGCGCUUCAGAUUUAUUCUCAUAUUUGAAAUAUGAUCAGUGUUUGUGCAAAUUCCGGUACUUUAACACCUCUAUUGGUAUUCUUGAAAAUGUAUCACUAUCACCUUUCUAGAUCCCUCUGCACCUUUCAUUAUCUUAACACAAUAUCCACAAUGUCCCUAGGCAGUGGAAAAUCCCAGUGCUUACCAGUGUUCCGUGGAAGUUUUUUUUUUUUUUUUUGAGUUGUCUGGUGCUGAAAAAAAAAUCACAAGAUCACUUUUCACACACUGGAUUAUGUAUAUGGGUGUCCUAAAGAUUCCAUUAUUAAUUACGCUUGCAAGGACCUCUUAUGAAAACAUGCUUGGAGAUUGGUGACCACUAGAGCCGAUAUUGCCAAAAUCUUACUUCAAGCGCCUAGUCUCAGGUGUCAGACCAGGAAAAAUAGCUGCGUACUAGUCUAUUUACAUAGAGUUAUGCACUAAAUUGGGAAUUUUAGGGAAAUAAAUAUUUGUGACCAAGUUUCGACAUUCCCCAUGUACGUUCCCAGAUAAUAGAGUAACCCAGGAACUGUGCCCUUCAUAAACCUAAUCUUAUACCAGUCGGCAUUUCAAAUCGAUAAAAAGGGACUAAUUUUAAGGGUGUGAGUGGGGAAAAGCAGGUAGAAAUUUUGUGACUUUUUAAUAACAAUUUAAAAAUGUAAUUUAGAACAAGAACAAUGAAUGGUUUCUAAACACAUUUAGUGUAGUUUAAAGACACAUGACUGGGAGUAUUAUUGCUGUGGAGCUCUGUUAUACACACAAACACAUACAAUAUGGAGCUCCUAGAAAAGCGGGUCGAAGGGGUUUAUCCUCAAAAUAGGGACUGCACCUCCUAUAUAGGGACACUUGGGAUGUAUGUCAUCUAUACUUCGCCACCACCUGCCUUUUAAGAAACAAAAAAAAAUAAUGGUACAGGAAACACAAGUUGAUCUCUCUGGAAUUUCUGGGUUGUAGCUCUGCUAACUGGACACCACAUCCCAUCAGUGUGUGUUUCUUACUAAGGAAUUCUGAGAAUGAGGCCCUAAUGACCUCUUUCUGUGUCCCAUAAAUCAGCCUGUUUCCUCCUUGUACACAAGCAGGGCUGUGUGCAGUGCUUAGCGGCCCUCUUCCCAUAGCAUGGUGAACUGACUGUAUCACAGGCACUUGCUGCAGCGGAUAGGUGUGUGUGUGUGUGUGUGUGUGUGUGUGUGUGUGUAGCAAGGCUGAAAUUGGACAAUCUAGCUCAGUGAACUUGUUCCCACAGCCACUAAAUUUACGAUUAGAGAUGGUUGCUCUUUUUGACAAUAAGGGAAAGCUAAAGUGACUGUAAUUUCACUAAAGAAAAGAGGAACACAACAUAGUGCAAUAUUGUACACAAUAACCACUCUGUGAACAAUUUACAAUUCAUAAUGAUCCUACAUAUAGGAGACCGCAGGGACACUUAUAUUACAUGUUACUCAAAAAAAGUGAUAUACACCAUUAAGUUUACAAUUGAGCGUCAAUAAGACACUAACUGCACUUUCUUAUGGUUCAUUUUUUUGUUUAAAUCGUCACUCUAUAUGAGAAACGUUUUGUGUGUAUGUGUAUGUAUAUAUAUAUACAGACUAUUUUCCUCCCUUAAACAACAUGGCGGCCACAGACUCACCCAUAUAUGGACACAGGAAAUACGAUCACAUGAUGUGAUGACGAAAGCGGAAGUGAUGAAAGCGGAACACGGUUGCGAUCAAUCUGAAAUUAUGGAUAUCCUUACAGAUAUAAAAGAAGAGCAUGAACACAUACCGAUUGACAAAGCCCAUCGGCGAAACGCGUCUCGGACGUCCAGCAGGAUCAAAGAUUCACUUACUGUUUUUAUACAGCUAUUUUAUUUUAUACUUAGUGUUUUUUAUAUUGUUACAUAAAUUUUAUUUCUUCCAACUCCUCCUUGUGGACGUAAGCAGUGUUCCUGAUACUCCCUUAUAGGGUUUUGUGCCCCCUUAUUGGCACAUACACCAUUACACCCAGAGCCAGGUCUGUAGGCUCUUAAUCAGGUGAGCAAUUCUGUGUAUUUUACCACGAAUUGCAAUGUACCUACAUACUACACCAUAUUCGGUCUCCCUUUAUAUUUAAAGGAACAGCACGACUUCAUCGUUGUAGGUCCCGUGUUGCCUUUCAAAACACGUACGCCUGAGUGAUCUGAGCCUGUCCUGUUGAGGCUCAGUACCAUGUGAUUGGUCCAUAUAUUUCUAUUAUCACUCCACUAUUUUUUGAACGUACCACACAAUUGCAUUUUUUUUUAUCUCAUCCCCACCUCUAGGCUAUUGCAUACAUAUCCAAGAGAGAGGGGGAGGCGAGUUAUUUUAUUCGUACCCUUUAGCGUUCCACCUAUUGGCUGGUGUUGGUCUCCUACCACACAGCCUAUCAGUUAUAAGUUACACCCUUGUGUUAAGCUGUGAGAGAAUUACACACUGGUGGUAGCUGCACAUAUUUUUUCCACCCUUGGUUAAGCGCCUGGAUACACAGUACUAUCUCGUACUAUUAACAAUUAACAAUUGGCCACUCACUAUUUUUCCAGUAUAAAUGAAGCCUUCAUAUAAUCCUUGUCAGGAAGUUAUUCUCCUUCGUUUGCCACUCCAAUAUCACAUACUUUGGGACAAAAAGGAAUAAAGUGCAAAGUGUGAAACAAAGACCAAGUAAAGUGCAAAAAUUAGUCUUUAUUACUUGCACAUAGUGUCUAUUUUCUAUAAAACCUGUGUCUUACCUGCACUCAUGUUGCUUUAACCCCUGUAUCACAACUCAACUUUGACUUCUAUGUGUCGUCUUGCUCAGAAAUGCUUUAGAUUUGAGAAAGGGACGUUCUCUCAAAAGCUUAUCAUUAAAAAAUUCUGUUAAUCCAAGAUACAAAUUGUAUCCGUUUUUUUACAUUUACUUACACAUAGGUAAGAAACUGCAAAUAAAAGGUCCUACGCAUUUCGCCACUCAGGGACAAAUGCUGUAUACACAAUCAAAUGAAGAAAAAAGUCUCCCUCCCUAACCCAGUCCUUAUAAAUCCCUCCUGAUUGCUCCAGCAUCAUUUUCAUAGGUUUCAUAUGUUUUCUUCCUUUACUUCUGUGUUCCGCCUCAUCACGUUUUGCAAGCCGGUGUGUUGAAACUUCCUACUUCCUCAAACCAUGAUGUUAACAUCAUCGUGUGGUCCAUGCAAUGACGUAUGUGUUUCAGCUUGGUUUCCCUUGCGUUCGAUUGCAAGGGAAAUCUCAAUUUAAUGGUGGCCCUAAAGAGUUGAUCAAAUAUGGUGUUCCUCUUUUCUUUAGUGGAACUACCCUCAUAUACUACAUAUUUGCAUUUGGAAAAAUUGUAGGAGAUCUGCUGGGUAGUCUCUUCUACUUAAGGAAAUUUUAAACCUUUUUUUGGACAGUUUGCACUAUAUUAAGGGGUUUGUGUUGAUUUAUACAUUUCUCGGCAAAGCUAAAAUGGACAAUUGGUAAUUUGCAUUGACGUCAAGUGCACAUAUUGACUCUCUAAAUGUGCCAAUGUUAUAAUCUCACCGUAGUUCCGUGCCAAGUCACAGUUCGUGUCAAUCACAGCAGCAUGUUUGUAUGUGAAGGAUAUUUGUCUUUAACACUGGAGAAACCUUUAGAAUAUAUUUCUGUAGGAUGUACAUAAAAAAAGGCACGUUGGAUGGUAAUACCUUUAACAGACCACAGACAAGCUGAUUAGAAUACAGACAGACAAUUCUAAAAAUGUAAAAAGGCUGUUCCCCUAUUGCUGCUCUUAAACUCUAUAUUUGUAAAGAAAUGAUAUUGUAAUGCAAUCUGGUUAAGUUGUUUGUUGCUAGAGCUCUUUAUUUAUCUAACAAUUCUGAUAUAGCGCUCUUAUUCUCAACUCGACUGAUGGAUGAGGCCUAAAGUAGUGUUCUUUAGAGCUUGCACCAACACAAAUAAUCUAUUUAUGCCACAAGUAAACAUUCCCAGGGCUUUGUGGCUAGCCUGGAGCUCUUGCAGGAUUCAGUAAUAGUGGCGAGAGAGAAGAAAUAUAUGGUUUAUCCGGUACCGUUAAACUAUACAAAUUGAAACUCUUGGGGUGGGGGAGGUGAAACCGUGGUAGCACAUAUUGGGUUAAAACAUAAUUUAGACUUUUCGGUGAUAAAAUUAAAGUGACAAACAAUAUAAAACAUACAGCAGAGGGGACAGUGAACUGGACUCUGGACAUUUUUCUGGAAUUUUGCAGCGUGAAUAAAUACUGUGUUUUGCUACAAUGUUUUUUGUUAGUGUGCAGCCUGUAGUCAGUCCAGUGAACAGUCUUCACUGUGGGAAUGUAUGGGAUUGCACCAUACAAAUAUGCUGUUCACACAGAGGAGUUGUCUGCUUUGAGCCGAACUGUGGAAUAGAAGGAGCAUCGAAGGGAUCAUACAAAGUGGUCCUUGCAUUUUACCAUCUUUGCCAACCUAACCUACUAAUGCUGUUUGCAUUAUCUGAUGCUACUAAAAAAUGUCUAGUUGUAGCUCUGCUAUCUGAUUACAUGAUGAUAAUUUUUUUAAUUAAUUUUAAUUCUUGUUUUACAGCCACAUCCCCGAGAGUCUCAUCAGAGCUGGAGCAAGCUAGGCCCCAGACCAGCGGGGAGGAAGAACUGCAGUUACAGCUUGCUCUGGCUAUGAGCAGGGAGGUUGCUGAGCAGGUGAGCCAAGUUCCUAAUGCAAGUAGGGGGUGAAUUCCGAGGCAGUGUGGUCAUGUAUAAUGUAUCCAGAUUAUGGAAUCCUUAAAGGGACUCUCCAGGCAGCCCUUUUUACUCACCUGGUUCCGGCGCUGGGAGCCUCGUGAAGCCGCGCCCCCUAUUUCGUCAAAAUGACGAAAUAGGCGGGCGCGAGCAGGGAGCAAUCAGACGCUUCCAUUCCAUUUUCUCUGAAAAUACAGUUUUUACAUUAGAUUGCCUGCAGGGAGCUAUAGAUCUCACCUGAACAACUACAUUAAGCUGUAGUUGUUCAGGAGACUAUAGUGUCCCUUUAACUAGAUAACUGGGGGCACAUUCUAUUGCCACACACUAGCAGUGAUAUAGGUCUUUGUAUAAAUAUGUAUUGUUUUUAUUAUAUGGUUAAGAUAAACCAGAUUGAUUAAGAUUUUAAAGGGCAUCAUUUUAGUUUGAAAGGGCCAGGACCCACAUCUAGUUAUUACUGGCAAGGCCUAAAAUGUGAGUCUAAAAAUUGUCAUUCUUGGUUAUGACCGCAUGGACCCUGGCUGUUUUUUUUUUUUUUUUUUUAAAUUUAUUUAACAAAACCCAUGACUAAAUGGGUGCAUUCUGUAAGCUGCAUCUACAUUGUUUUUAUCUGUUUGGGAGCGGAUGACCCUAGAACCUCUCUCGGUCAGUUUAUCUCUUUCAUUAUCUGUUUUUUGGAAUCACAGAGCCUCACUUUCCAACCCCCAAUUUCUCUCUUACUGCAGGAGGAACGUAUCCGGCGAGGUGAUGACUUACGGUUACAGAUGGCCCUGGAAGAGAGUCGGAAAGACACCAUUAAAGUUCCCAAAAAGAAGGCAGUGAGUGUUUUUCUACAUUCAUUUGCCCCUUCUAUUAUCUACGUGUAUAAUUGUAUGUCGUACAGCAGUAGUGGACAGGAAACAUAGUCGUGCAGAUUGUAUUGCUUUGGAGAUGCUAAAAAAAACUGAAAACAAAACUGGUUACUGACAUGAUUUUUAAAAAAUGCCUCUACUGGUCCUAUUUCCUAAAUCUGACAUGUGUAUAGAAGCAUCUCCAUAAAAAAAGAUGGCUUCCACCUUUUAAUUCCUUCCACCUGCCCCACCCAAAGAACAAAACCUGCUAUCGGCAACCCGCAGACUUCCAACCUAUUGCUUUGCAAAAAACUAAUCUGCAAAACUUAAUGGGAAUGGUUUAUUGAGAGCAGGGGAGUUGCAGGGGGCUAAUAGAGGGAGGGGAAGAACAUAUGGUCAGUAAAAUGAUGAGUAAAUCAUUUGGGUUUAUUGUGAUUUAAUCUACCAUUCUGGCAUAAUCACCAGUCUUACAUUGGGUUUGUGCCUUUUUAUUUAUUUUUUAGUGGUCUUGUUUUGCUUGUACUUUUUCUCCCUCUUUUUUGAUCACAUACAAAGUCAUACACACUCCUUUAUUUAUUCCCUCAUUAGCAACAACCAACGUCGUUGCUGGACUUAAUGGACGCACUACCAUCUGCGGCUGCUGCACAAAAAUCAGAGCCUUGGGUGGCGCCCGCAGGUGCAACAGCAGGGGCAGCAGCCGCUACAGUAACCAAGAAUCCGCCUGACCCAUGGGGAGCACCAGCCUCCUCUCCAAUCGCUUUGGUGGACCCCUGGCAAUCAUUUGGUAAGAUUCUGGUCUGGAGUGGGAGGAUGCAUAGAGAGAUUAAGUGGGAAACUUACCAAAGUGUGUCCUAGGCAGUUUUUGUUCUGUGUGAAAUGUCAACAGAUGGCAGACUAAACAUUUCCGAGCACCUUGAUAAACCUUCCCAUCAAAAUACAGCACUAGAACAGCAGUUACAUGUACAGCAUCCACAGGGAACAUUUACCAAAGUGUUUUGAAAUAUGAUGGUUACAUUCUGUCAUCAUUUGAUCAUAUUUAUUAAAAUAUGUUCUAAACAUGAUGGUUUUAUUCAUAGUAAAUUUUGUCAGUUUUUGUGGAAAUUUCCAUUUCAAAAUAAAACUGUGGAAAUAAAAGUGUUUUCUGUUGUAAAUGGCAGCAGAAAGAUUGAUAAAUCACUAACCCAGGAAGCACCUCUGGCCAUCUGACUGUCUCUAGAGAUAUUACUAAGCACCAAUGUAAACACUGUCUUUUCUCUGAAAAGUCUGCAGGGACAUGCUUUAUACGCCGGAACCACUACAUCAAACUGUAUUGGUUGUGGUGACUAUCGUGUCACUUUAUUUACGUUGCCCUGUUGGAUAUAUCAGACUGCUGAUGUGUGACAUCCAUUCUAUAAAUCCAUGUUAUUUUAUUUCUAUUUUCUUGAUUUGUAUAUUAUUUAGCAGGAAGAAAGGCAGCUGCUCCCAAUGACCCUUGGGGAAACAACCCCACCUCAUCUAUACAGUCUCUUCCAAAAAACACAGACCCUUGGGCUCCUUCCCAGUCAGCAGCUGCAGCCAAUGCUACCGCAGACCCCUGGGGACCCACACAGGCUAUUAAGAGCAGCACAUCAAAUACAGGUAAGAUUGCAAUGUCCUUCACCCUUUAAUGCUGCAAUAUGGUGUGUGGCCAGAGGAGGAGCUGUGAUUAAACCUGUGGGUUUUGUUUUUACUUUAAAAAAUAUAUAUAUAUAUAUUUUAGUUUUAGUAAAAAUUUAAAAUGCCACAUUUGUUGUGAUGAACCCAUUUUUUUUUAAAACCUUGAUAUCUAAUUUUAGUUAUGCUGGUAAAUAUCUGCCAGGAUGAGGCAUCUCAAUUCUAGUUUGCAACUUGUUGAGCAGAAGUUAUGUUAUAUUAAUAGAGGACUUCUUUUUAUUUUUAUUCUUUUUUUUCAGCACGAGAGGGUUUUUGUUUUAGUUUUCUCGGCAGGUGUGUCUCAUUACGAAUGUUGCACCGUAACUGAUGUGUAACCUAACCUGAUCAGCACUAUUUGUAUGUGGGUGGACAUGCUUUAAAAAAAAACAAACAAAAAAAAAUACCUUGAUAUUAAAACAGUAGCCUAAAACUCAUGCUGAAUUUGUGUGAGCAACUCAACACUACAAAUGCACUCACAUAAUAAUUGUUGACAGGAGAAUUAUCUGCAAGAAUAACCCAAUGAAUGUUCUUACACUCCAUUCCUAUGAUCACUUAUUGUGCCUGCCAACUAAUUCAGAAUGUAAAUGUAACUUUAUUUAAUCUCCUACAUUUUGGAAUACUAUGAUAUGGAACAUCUAGAUAUCACUCUAAUCCUUUCUUUAUUUUCGGAACAAAUACCCUUUACAUACCAUCUCUGAAAGACUCCCAGGAUCCUAUAUAGUAAUAUGCAAAUUAGCUCACAUCCUCAUUACUCUUUUAAGCAUCCUAAGCAGAAACCUGCACUGUUUAAAUGUAGUUUCCGGAUCAAAAUAUUGCUAUGUAUCAGAACCGUGUGCUCGGUCACAGCCAGCUGGUUUGACUUAACAGGUCUCCCUAAUGUGGCUAUGGCUUUUAACUUUGAAUAAAUAACUAGAAAUGACAUUUAACAUAGCCUUCUUGUCUGUUAUUUUGUAAUGUUCCAGUUCCGCAUUAACAAUAUCCAUUUCCUCCAGAUAUGGACGGCAUUGAUCUAGAUAACUGGCACUCUCCGCUCAUCCCUGCUGACGUAAUAUGAAUGUAAUUGAUAUUGUUAAUGCAGAAGUGGAAAUUGGUUUAACCACAACUGAUGAUCCGUAGGCCGGAGAACGUGCUCUCAGGUUUACUAAGUUCCACUUCCCAUUAGCUAUUUCAAUUUCAUCUGCAUUCGGAGGACAUGGAUAGCUCGAGCAUGUCAGUGCUUGUUGUUUUAUCCCAUACCAAGUACUCUCUCUCUCUCUCUCUCUCUCUCUCUCUUUAUUAUUUUUUUUUCUCUCAAUAUUCUGCCCUUUCUUGAUUGUUUUAUUGCUUUUGAAAGGAUAAUCUAGGCAUCCAACCAAUUUAUCUCAAUGAUAUGGUCUGGGUGCUGUGCCUGUAGUUUUAAACCUGCAACUAAAAAAAUUGCUGUUUUUGCAGAAACGCGCAAAUAUUUCAUUGCAGGGUUAAGAUGACUCUAGUCGUCACACUGACCGCAACUAGUGGUGCUACCGCCCCAGUCAACCAAGUGAUCGAAUUUGGUUGUUGCAGCACGGAUAGGAUAUCCCCUACACAAGGAGUAAGCAACCUUCUCCAGAUGUUGUGGACUACACUUGCCAUGAUACUUUUACUUUGAGCAGUAUAUGUGGAACUGCACUCACUCCCACAAAUCUGAGCAGGGGUGCUUGCUGAGCCGGAAUCAAACACCAGAUUUCCAAACAUUAGUAAAGUAAUAGAGGUCCAGGCACUCCUUGGUUCAAGACAGGCACCUUAUUAGGAACCACAACAGCAACGUUUCGACCCCAAAAGCUUGACAAAGACCUUUUGGGGUCGAAAUGUUGCUGUUGUGGUUCCUAAUAAAGUGCCUGUCUUGAACCAAGGAGUGCCUGGACCUCUAUUACUUUAAUAAUACUUUUACUGUCAUAAUGCUGGCAAACCAUCAAAGAAGAUAUAGUCCACAACUGGAAUGCUGAAGGUUGCCUACCCCUGAUCUACACUGAUGAUUAUAUUGGCCGCGUGCAGUGAGGACUGAAAGGUAUUCAAACCUGCACACCGCAGUGGGGACACCAUAUUAGGUAUCAGGACACUAUAGCGUUUGGUAUUCAUGUUUGCAUUCCUAAUGCUACAGGGUUCCUUUAAGUAGUGUCUCGCCCUCCCCUACUUGACUUACUUGUCUAGUUUCCUCAUCUUUCCAUUACCGUGAGAGGCGGUGCUGGGUUUAUUUAUUUAGAAUUCUCUCUUUUUCGCAAGUAAUUUUCAGGAGAAGGCAGGUAUUAUCACUCUGGUGGCCUUGUUUUAUUGGGGUUGGGAGACCCAUUUUAACCCUUAACUACUGUACAUUGUUUUAAUUUCUUUUGGUUAAGUGUAUUUUAUAUUUUAUGCGCCUUCUGCUAGUGCAUACUGGAAGGCAUGAUUUGUGUCUGCUUGUUUUUCAUUUAAAAUUGUUUAAAAAUAAAUAAAUCGUGACUCUUCCUCCAAUAUACUGAAAGGCUUGAAUACAUGCCCUAAUUUUGUCCUGUAUAUUGUAAAUACAUUCAAAACUUUUUUUCCCCCCUCUCAGUUACUUUUGUAAAUAUUUUGUUCAUCCAUUGUGCUAUAAAGCAAAAUAUGUUGGUGCGUUAUAAAUAAUAAUAAUUUCUUGCCCUACAGGAGGGACUUCUUUCGAUCCCUUCAGUAACUUAAAUGGUUCGAAGGACGACUUCUCAGAAUUCGACAGCCUUCGGUCCUCCUCCAAAGUAUCAGGUACUUAAUGCAAGGUUGUCCCUGACCUUUAAUCGAGACCUUGACAGAAAGAAAAAAAACAAAACAAAAAAAACAAUAUUUUAUCAGCAAGUGCCCCUAGAGCCGGUUAGAAUUUAUCUGUUGAACAUGUGCAUCUGGUGCUUAGUUUGGUGAUGUGCCAAGCAGAGCAUUCAGAACAUUCCAGCAACAGUCUGGAUGCUGUGAAAAUUCUCCAUUUGUUCUGCCUGGAAAUCACGCAGUGAAAUAUGAUGUAUCCCAGGUGCCUAUGGGGGUAGGUUAGCCUGUGUGUUCAACAUCUGGCGGCAAGAGACCGGGGGUGUCCUUGGCACCAGAUAAACAGUAGUCCUGCAUGCGGCAGGAAGAGCUUGUUAGCUGGAGGUCAGGGGUCCCACAUGUGCUGUCUUAAUCCCUCCUACAGUUCUUGGUCUUUUAGAGAUGAAACUGAAAGUUUGUUGUUUUUUGUUUGUUUUUUCUCCCCUAAAUUUUAAACAUCUCUUGGAGCAUACGGACAGAAAAUGAACAAACGUAUUGAAUUUAAUAUGUAGCAGCUGCACCAGCACCUGUCUAAUCAAUGAUCAUGUUAAUUUUCAAUUAUGGACAAUUUUUUUUUUUUUUUCACUCUUUCAAGUAAAUAUUGAGACAAACUGUUUUGUGAGUUGUUAGGUUUUUUUUUGUGUGUGUUUAAACAAAAUAAUUUAGUAGCUAUCUGAUUGUUUAGAAUAGAAACACGGGGUGUUUUUUGAAACAAAAUGGAGUCUUAUGUUCCUUAAAUUGCAAGAAUUCCCAGUCUGAGACGUUCCUGGGAACAGUUGUUAUGAUUUAUAAAGUAUCAUUGGACAAACUGUAUACACACGGUGGAAACUUGGUGACCAAUUUUUAAAUGCAGCAAAUGACAGUAGCUUAGAAGGGGCACCUUGAGCUACGUAACAAAUAUGGCGUGCUGCAGCGUGUCUGUCUGUCUAUCUAUCUUUGUGUGUGUCUGUGUGAGCAGUAUUAAACAAAACUUCCCACAAACAAACUCCACAUUGAAUUAAAUAAAUUAAAAAAAAAAAAAAAAAAAAGCUCAGAGAAUGUCCACUUCCGGCACAGCAGCUCUGAAAAAUCAUGUAUCCACAAUUUUUCCAUAAUGCCUUUAUGCAAAUAUGUAUUUUUGCAUAAAGGCAUUCUGGGAGAUUGGUGGAAACUUAAUGUAAUUUAUAUGACAUCAACUUACUCUCCCAUGAUCCUCUGUACAUGUUUUUCUCAUUUAGGUAAGUCUGACAAAAUUAAAGUUACAAAAGUAAAAUCGGAACCAUGAUAACAAAUCCGAUGUACUAGAAUUUAGCAAAUCAUGGGGAAAUAAAGAACUUUCUUUGUCAGACGCGACCGAUCCUUGUUAAACUGAUCUGUUGCAGUUCAGGGCCGUGCCAUUUUGUUGGAACAGAUCACUUUAAGGCUUGGACAUAAUCCUAUACUAGAUUGUUCAGAUUUGCUGAGAAUGUUGCUUGACUGGCUGCCUCCUUGUAUUCCGGAAUGUUAGGUAUGUUAUCUCAAAUAAGAAGGUGAGGAGUCUGAUGAGCUGGCGUAGGCUUUACAGUCUCUAUCCCUUUUUUAGCAUAGACAUUUUUAUUUUUUAAGCAUAAAAAAAAAAAACAUUACUCAGUAUAGCGUAAAAAUAAAGGAGUGUUGUAUUGUUUUCUGGAACGGUUCAGCAAAAUUUAGGUUUGUUUAAGUUUUUCUUUUGUUUAUUGUAAAAGCUUGUAGAACUAAGUGUCUAAGAGCAUAAAUGGCUAAAUUGAUAAAAAUGAAUGUGUAGACCAAAAUAGUCAAACUGCAAAUAGAGCUGAUUUUUAAAAAAAAUUUUCAAGUUCUGCUGCUUUGGCCUAACAUUGUAAAUGUAUUUACUGACUUUGACAAUUUACACGUAAGUCAAUAACGCCUUCUGAGACACCUCCAAACCCUGUGUUUUGUGGGGAAUAUGAAAAAAAAAAUUGGCAGGGAGAUUGCUCUCUUUAGCAAUCCAGUCCCAUGUAAUUGCACAGAAACCAGAAUUGUUUUCCUGACAAGCUAUAUAAUAAGAUUUGUAUUCUGUCUGAUAGUUGUUGGAGAUUUAUUCUUACUCAGGAGGUGCUAAUUCAUUAAAGGAACACUCCACUGGUUUUCAGUGUUUAGUAGAUAUACUCCCAACGAAAAUAUGGAUUUUUUUUGGGGGGGGGGGAGUGGUAUAUGAAUGAAUAGCUUGCAAAAGCUGCAGAUCUCUUGUCUGCAGCCUUUGCAAGCCUUCCUCUCUUAGCCCAGAUUUUCAGUUAGGGCCGGCAGAUUGACCAUUCAGAGACAUGUCCUUGUGAAGCCUCUGUGGUUGAACUGCGAGUACGUACUUGUGUGUCUUUCCAUUUAUAUACUUCUCAAUGAGCUGCAGUAGAACUCCUUAAGAAGUAUUAGGCAUGCUUGAGCCUAGAAUACCUGUGCCACAUAUCACGAACGGAAGCAAAAGAAAACCUUCUCAGCUUUCUGACAGUGUGGAGGUGUUGCAGCGCCUACUUAUAAAAGUGCCAAUUUCUACUACAAUCGUCUUUUUUAUAAUUUAAAAAAAAUAAAAUAAAAAUCUAAGAAUCCGGAUUCAAGAUGCACUCCAGCAAGCUUCAUCCUUUAACUGUGUUUGGCCCUAAAAAUGUAAAAAUGUUUGAAGUUCUGAAUGACUCCUGCAUGUUGAGCUUCACGUUUCGUAAUUCCUUAUCAUGUUUCAAAAGAAUUCUUGAGAUUUGUUGUUUAUAUAUUUUGCUUGUGUUUGCAGCCGAUUCCAUUUCCACGUUACCGUCCUUGCGUAGUGGAACUACGAGCCCAGAUCUGUUUGACUCUCAGUCUUUGAAUAUGAGCAACAGCAAGCAGACAAUCGCUCGGAAAACGCCAGAGUCUUUCCUGGGGCCCAACGCAGCUUUGGUGAAUCUGGACACGCUCGUAACCAUGCCCCCGCAACCUCCUCCUACAUUCAACCCAUUUUUAGCUGCAGGUAAACAUCCUUUACUUCUGAAUUUUGCAGAUGACAAAAGCCCACUUCCUAGGUGCUAAUUAACGAACUAAUCACAAAAUUCUACUUUCUUAACGGUUUUUUCAAGGUAAAAUUAAGCUACAUUUUUCUGUUACAAAAAAAAAAAAGCCCUAUUAAUUAUUUAAUAAAAUUAAAAAGAGUUUUUUUAACUAAAUAUUAAAUUGUAAUGAAUUGAAAACCAAACUGUAAAAUGAAGUGUAAAAUAAACAAGCUGUGACUAUAUCCUGGCCUGGUUUGGUUGAUACCCGUUGUACAGCGCUGCAGAAUGUAUUGGCGCUAUAUAAAUAAUAAUAAUCAUAUAGAGUUGAUGCAGACUCAAUUUGAAAACGUGAGCCCAAGGCAAGAAGUAACCUCACCUUAAGCCUUUGCUACACCUAGCAAGCAGAACACUAUCCUUAAGAUUUUGUAUCUUGUCUUCUAAUGUUUAUCUCUAUUAACCCUUUCAGCAGCAGGGGAGAGGCGCAAUACACUCUGCAGGCACUAACAUAGGGUUAAACUAGUAUGAGAUUGGUCUCUGGUUCUCGCUCUAAGCUAUGUUUCUGCAUUGCGGCCCAGGCUCUAGUGGAGUCCACUUUCUCAAAGCAUUUUGUAUUGUGCUAUGGCAUCAAGCCAGAGGCUCUUUAAAAGCCUUUUUUUCUUUUCCCCCUGUGCGUUUCCUGUCUGUCUGAAAAUCGGAAAUGACCUGUUUACAUUUGAAAUUCCUUAAAUACCUUGGCGGCAACACCCAACCCCUGCCCCUCACAGCUACAUAAUCCAGCCUCCCACUAGUAGGAGGGGGGGUCCCCUCUCUUCCCCAGCUUUGAGAUCGGAUUGCUACCAGCACGCCUAUCUGUUUUCCAUUACUGGUCUUUUAUUCUUUCCAUUUUUCUUGUAAUUCCUUGUAAUUUGCCUUACAGUAUAGUCCACACAGAAAACACUAUUCUUUCAGCCUAGGCCCAAUCAGUUACCUUGAAACUUUACCAAAAGUAUUAAAUUGUUUUGUAGAGUGUGGUUAGCUGUGGUAUGUACAGUGUUUCACAUCUUCAUUUCAUUUUACUAGCCAUAUCAUUUACGGUUGAACUUGUGCUCUAAUAUUUGUUAUAUUGUAAAAAAAAAAUGUAGUUAAUAAAAAUACCAAUAAUUGAUAUUAACACUCUUAUUAAGGGCUUACGUUUUGAAAAUUAUUUUUCUUUAUUAUUAUUAUAUAUAUAUAUAUAUAUAUAUAUAUUUUAUUUAUUUUUUUUAAUUUUACUACAUAUCCUUCAUAACUACUGCUGGGUAAAGGAUUAGCACGAUCUCAACACCCGUUUAUCAGAAACUAGCUGCCUAGUCCUGCUUGUUAUUAAGCCUUUUGAAUAGUCUUUAAUUUUCGUAUUUCCUCAUUGUGAUGUGAUUUGCAGGUUUUAUAAUAAAAUUGUAUCUCAACCCUGUCCAUCUCCCCUUUUCAUCUCUCUGUUACAUAACAACAAAUGUAUUCAGUGCAUGAUGGGUUCUAAUGUAUGCUUACUUGUUAAUUAUUCCGAUUGGGUUUAUAAUCCGAUUGUGAGCAAGCAUAGCAUAGAAUUUGGAAAUGUGUCACUUUACAGGCUUCUACUUGUCAUAAUCCGCAUGAUAGUUUAGGUUAAUGACUUCAUUCAUUACAGGAUCCAAGCAGCAAGCACUGUGAUAGCUUCUAAAGAGGAAUAGUCACAUUUCUGUUUCUUUUAUGCAGAGUCCAGUUCUUCUUGAUUGUAGGCGGUCAGAGCUCCGUUACGUGUGUCCAUUUAAUGUAACAUAUUAUUCGAAUAGCCAUACAAUGGAUAUGAACUUGAUGAACUGGGUAUAUUAUAGCAUAAUUGUGAAUAAUUUUUAAGUAUUGCAAUAUAACCUUUAUGCAUGUCAGUGUUGCUUUCCCAUGAAAACUCCUCUUCAAAAAGUCAUCCAACAGGAGUUCGGCCAUUCUCCGACUAUUUUAGCAGUUUGGCAUCAUUUGUGGCUUUGCUGGUAUCUACAACCCAACUGAUCUGUGGAAUGAGUUGGUGGUUAAAUUUCUUACACAUUGUAACCAUGUAUAUUGAAUGUCUAGCAAUGCCUUUUCAGUGAAGUGAAACUGUUAAUCCAAAAAAAGCUGAAAAAGAUACAUAUCGUGAAUUUAACCAAUUUUAAAUGAAUUACUCUCAUGCAGGAGUCCCUUCAACAACAACGGCAGCUCCGCUUGUCAACCCUUUUCAAGUGAACCAACCACAGGCGCUCACUCUAAACCAGUUACGAUCCAGUCCAUUGAUGGGAGUAAGCCAGUCCUUUAGCACCGUGUCAACGCUACCACCUGCCGCUCCGACUGGACUAGCCGUAAACAUGCCCAUGGCAGCAACUUUGCCCCACCACAGCACCACCAUCCCUCCAUCGGCAGCACAGGCAAUGAAUGCCACCAACCCUUUUCUGCUAUGAAUGUUUGGAGUACCAGAGUGGAAAUGUUGCCAGCAGCAGCCAAGGAUGGUGUCCAAGGAAUAACACUACAUAAUGCAAAUACACUGCUUAGCUGUCAUUUGGUUUUGUUUUUUAACCUCUACUCCUAUUGAGUAAGAAUUGCUGCUCCUUUCUUCAGGAAUAGGGGGCAAAGGAUUGGUCAGGCCUUGGAGCUGAAGAAACUGUCCACUUAGGAGUGAGAACUGAACACCCCUCACCAAAGUUAGAAAACCCAUCUUUUUGUGUCCUUACAAUGUUACAGCUUGUUGUGGGGUGGGGUGGGAUGAAGUCCGUUCAGACACAACUCGGACCAUGCCAUGUCUGAAAAUAUAAUGUUCACCUCGAGCGAGAUAUGGUUCACCUUUUAAACAUUUUUUUUCUGGGAAAUAAAAUGUUUCACCUGUUGCUUUGGAAACAAAAAUAGCUUGUGGAAUUUCAAUAAUUGUGUCUUUUGGGGAAAUCCAAAGAUGGAGGAGAAAUGGCUUAAAAAAUGCUAAUUUCUUACACAGAUUGUCCGAGGAAUCCAUAGUGAGGAAUAUCACAUCAUUAAAUUCCUUAUCUUCAAUAACCAUAUACGGUUGUUUACUCUGUAAAAUAAUAUACAUUAACUCAACAAUACUAUGUUUGUGGCUUUGUAGAAGAUUCUGAAGGUAAAAUUGCAACAAUGGUUUGUGUGUUCGAUACCUAUUACAUUGAUUUAUCCUACUGGCACUAAACUGCAAACUUCCAAUCCAGUUUUAAUUCAAGGGCCGUAGAACAAUUUAUUAUUUAUGGUCUUUUUUCCGUCAAUGUUCCUGGCCUAACUUGUUCAUGGUUCAAUAUAGAUUUGUAUAGCUUAUGCACAUAAUGUUAAUGAGAACCUAACCUAGUGCAAGUAUCCUGCUAUAGACUGUCACGUGAACCAGUCUACAAGUUAUUUUUAAUGGUAGGUCUACCGAAACGAGGGAUAGCCACCUCCACCAUUCUUGGGUGUGAAGUGUUAACUUGUAACAGGCUUAUUAUGAAAUACAACACGUUGAUGGGACCUCAUCUAACUGCUCAUUUAUCGUGUUAGCCUUACUGUUCAAGCAAACUGAUAUAGCAUUUUGAAAAACCUGUUCUAUAGGUUUUGAGUCCUCUUCAACACCUCCUGAUACAUUUCUCUGUAUAUGGAAGUAUUAGCACAAUUUUUUCCAUUGGAACCAUGUUUAAUUGGCAUUUUAGACAGUUCAAAGAAAAUUACUGGUAAUGUGUCAGUUGCUACUAAACUGUAAUCUAUAUUAUCCUCAGACAGAUAAAUCUAAUCUACAGUUGUACAUGUCAUAGGAUGUUAAAGGUGUGUAGAAAGAAAACACACUGUUCCUUGUAAACCGGGCAACACUGAGUUUAAAUCUAGACCACUUUAAUAAUUAAUAAUUAAAGAAUGUAUAGCGGUUAGGAUUAUUUUAAUUCUACAUUCUGCCAUUUUAACGUUUAUCCUGCAGUAUACCGUAGCAUAUGCCAAAAUAUUAUUCUGGUUUCUUGUAAUUAAAAUUUUUAAAAUAACGUCCCUGUAUAUAUAGAUAAGAAGCAGAUUAAAUUAAUACAUAUAUAUCUAUAUAAAUAGCUCCUCAUCCCUUCACUAUAUUUAUUUAAAUUCUAGACUUAUGUUCAUUAGUCAGAGAGUUAAAGGAACACUAUAGGGUCAGGAACACAAAUGUGUAUUCCUGAUCUUGUAAUGUUAAAAACAAUAUAUAACCCCCAUGAACCUCCCUUGCCCCCCUUAGGAAUAGUAAAAUCGUAACUUUUUUUCAGUGCUACGCGGGUCAGCCGACUUCACCCCUCAUAGUCCACCUUGGCUAACAUCAUCAGGAUUGAUGAUCUCAGCCAAUCACAAUACUUUCCCAUAGGAUUGUUUACGACAAGAGGCGUGGCGACGGGUGAAUCCAAAUGCCAUCCUGGCCAAUCAGCAUCUUUUCUUAGAGAUUAAUUGAAUAAAUGCAUCUCUAUGGGAAAAGUUCAGCGUCUCCAUGCAGAGCGUGGAUAUGCUGAAUAUCAGUGCUGCACACUGUGCAGCACUGACUCAGGAAGCACCACUAGUGGCUGUCUGAGGAGUGGCCACUUCCUAGGUGGUAAUGUAAACACUGUCUUUUCUCUGAAAAGGCAGUGAUUACCAGCAAAAAGCCUGCAGGUACUGACUAUACUCACCAGAACAACUACAUUAAGCCGUAGUUGUUCUGGUGACUACAGCUUUCCUUUAAUAAAAAUAUGCGACAUUUAGGCACAAUUGGCAAGAUAAGGAAAAACUCUUUUAGCCUAAAAUGUUGCUUCCUUGUAGCCAAUAAACUAAAGUAUUAGGUGAAUAACCCCACUCCCUCUUUACACACACACACACACACAGUAUUGGCAGCUCAAAUGCCAAAGUUAUGCAAUACUCCUUCACUGUCAUGAUAUUACGCUACAGUUAAACAGCAUCAAAAUGGCAUCUAUGUUCUUUCAAAUAUGUGGAAUAUGGGCAAGUCAUGCUGAUGGCAUCUGUUCUGAGAUUCCCUGGCUUUUGAGCUACUUAUCUGUCAGGUGUCUACUCUUUUGGGAAUAGUAGUUGCUGUCCUGAUAGAACCAAUGAAAGACCUCCCAUCAUUUAAAUGCUGUGAGUAAUGGCAUGUUGAACUGGACUCGCCUAAAAAUAAGUAGCUCUUGCCUCCGCUGUGUCCAGACAUGAACUCACCUGAAACUUUUACGUACCAUUCACCUGAACCAAGCGGCAUUCCUUGCAACUUGAACCUUAUUAAGUGCAUUGUUACAUUUAUAGAAAGCCAGAACUGUUGGCUGAACUUGGUAGGAGUUUGGUGCUGAAUUCAGCCGAAUAUUUGAGCAUCUCCUAAUAUCCACAGGGAGUACACUUAAGAGUUUUCGAGUGAGUUUUCUGGCAAAUUCAGGUGAGCUGUGCAUAACUUGUCUUGUGUUUUCCCUGUCUAAAUUAGCAGUUAAUAGUUUGGACAGUGCUCAAAGGUAAAAUUAUUUCAAUUCUUCUUUAUUUUGAGUCUUUACAUAUUUAUAAAACUAUCUUCUCCAAAUGUAUGCAGAAAUUUUAUGGCGGCCCACUGUAAAUAGAAAGGGAAAUAAUAAUUGCUGUGAAAGUUAAGUUCAUUUACUUUAAAGCUGUCAAGUUGAGGAAAAUUCCCCAAUUCCAGUUUCACUAUUUGGGCCUUAAAUUUGGAAAUCACCUCUAAUUCCUGACAAUUCUCACUUAAGUGAAUAACCCUGCCAGUUGUUCUUUAGAAAUUUUCUUGAAUACCUUCCUAACGACAAUUUUCCAACAACGGUAUCUGUUCCAUAUGGAAGAAAAUCACUCCCCCCACGCUCACCCACCGUAGUAUUUGUAAGCUAUAUUUCUAAACAGUAGAGUGCAAGAGCAGUGAUAUGAAGUUAUCAUUUUUUAAUGCUCCAAACAUAACUUUAUUUAAACAUAUCCAUACAAAUUUAACUUUGAUUUAAACGUUCUCCAUUCUGUGUCCUGAAUAAAACGCAAAAUAUAUUUUGUUAAUGCCUUCUUUUUGUGUGAUCGAGGAGAUCUAUAUGCUGUUGAUCUGCUCUGGAAACCCAAGCUCUAGUGAAAAUUUAUUAAGAAUCUGAGCUUUCAAUAGGCUGUUUUACAUACUGAUCUAAAAAAAAAUGUAUUGGACUCCUUUUUAAAGAUACAUUUCAGUUGUUCAUAUUCUAUCACAAAUUAAAGAUUAGGUGAUAUAAAGUUUAAUCUGGUUAAUAUUUUCUUCAGACAGAAAUGGGAGGUCUUUUGUCACAUGACACAAGGUAAGGGAACUGAUAGGUUGAAAGUUUUGGGGGUUGGUUGCCAUUGUAUUAUAUAACUUUUCAUGGAUUCAAAAUAUUUUUUUAUACCUAAAUAAAAUUUGCAGAAGGGAUAACAUUAAUUAUUUUUUUUUGUUUCUUCAAUCAAAGUUUUGACAAAAUCUAGGCAUUUCAUUACAUGACUGUCCUAAAGUCUGCAAUGAGAAGGUAAAGAGCAUAUGCCAGAAUUAGGUAAUGUAGGCAUCGAUUUACUAAGCUUUCCAAAUUAUUAUGCACCUAAACCACCUCAUCUCAAUAAAGUAGUCUGGGUGCCAUGUCCAACCGGUUUUAACCCUGCAAGUGAAAUCGUUGUCGUUGUGCAGAAUGCAGGAUUUAAAUGUCUAUACUGGCUGUCACUCAGACAGCCAUUUGAGAUGCUUCCAAAAAGCAGAGUAAAAUUCUAUAUCUACCAGAUGUUCUUAGAAAGACCAUCUGAUUGGUGCAGCACAGUGGAUACCCGCGCAUGCACAAUAACCUCCCAAAGCUGUGGAAUUUCUGAGAUCAUCAAUCUCGAUGAUCUCCGUCAAGAACGUGGGGCUAAUAGGUGGAGCCUCUGCCCUUCUGUCCUUCUGUGUAACCCCCUAAAGGUAAGCCUGCCUUGGGGAGCUCUGGGCACCAUAACAACUUAAUUUCAAUAAACUUGUUAUGGUAUUUAAACUGGUCCCUUAAAUUGAGGCCAUAAUCCACAUACAAGUCAGCCG